CGCGGGAAUUUCUGCAAUCACAUAAAGAGGACACUAGAGUAAGUCUGGCAUUAUUAUUACCGUUUCACAUAUCUCAUGUAACAUGAUAUAUUGAAAGAGAAGAUUUCAAACAUUUUAAAUGAUUACGUGCAUUUGAAAUGCGUUUUAAGCCAAUUAGCUAGCUAUUUUGAAUUGCAUUCUUCUGUCCCAGUUAGCUAGUUUAGCUAGUUAUGUGGUUCAAACGUCUUCGUGCAUUGUAGAUAUGACACAAUAGCAUCCAUUUCCAAAGAAAGUGAAAUGCACAACCAAUAGACUGGCUGCAAAAGUAGAUAACUAACUAGAGAACUUGACUAAGUCAGUGAGACGGCUGGCUAGUUACUUGAUAGAUAGUGAAAUGCCAUGUUCGUUAUUAAAUAAGAUGAAGUUACUGUAGCUGUGUUAUUGAUCCCCAAAGGUGAAAUUUGAUUGCACUUGCGUAUAGUAGGUAGCUAAUGGUAGUUGAGUCAAACGGUUACCAAUACAGCCAAUAACCUUAGCUACACGACAGUGGACAUAGGCCUAGACAACAAUAAAUUCAACAGCACAUCAAUACGGUUUAGUGAAGUGGCACUCGAGAAGAAGAAUUCAAGUCUGUUAGAUCAAAUGUAUGUGCAACAGAAAUAGGUAAAUGUCAUGCCACUUUCACAUUUGCAUCACCUCUCAUUCUCUGACAAUGCUGUCAUUUCAGUAGAACAAUGCCCUGUGAAAGAAAGCCAAUGCGCUACGGCCACUCGGAGGGACACACUGAGGUUUGUUUUGAUGACACUGGAAAGUAAGUAUAAUAAUGCACCAGCCAUGACAGCUGGAACGUAUUCACUACCACCGUAACCUCCUGCCCCUAAAGUGGCAGCUGAACAUUUUUGACUCAUCUGAUAUUUUGGUUAAAAGACUUGUCACAAAAAAUGAAAUUAAGCAAUAUAUCACAUUACUUCUUACUAAUACGUUUUUUGUUUUAGAAACAUUAAGCAUGGUUACCAGGCGAAAAAAUAUUUUGGCUGGUAAAAAAUCUGAAUGGCUGGUAUAUUUUUCCAUAUACUAGUACCUGCCACAGUGGCUGGUUGACCAAAAAGUUAAUUUUAGGCCCUGGUCAUCAAAUAGGCCUAAAACAAAUGUAAUAUACACAACUGAAAUAUUUUAUUAAAGUAAUGUGAAUGGAUUAUGAUUAAUAAGUGAUAAGCACUAAUGGGCAGUCACUACCAUCAUGGGACUUUUAUGAAUUUUUUUAUUAUGUGUUACAGCAUUCAACCCACAUGCAUUUAAUUAAUUUAAUUAAUUAAUUUAAUGCAUUGAAUGUUUAAAAAUAAUAAUCAAAACUGUGAUUAUUUUUUAAAUAUCAAACUGAAAGCGAACUGACCUCAAAAAGCAUGAAUCUCUCAGCACUAGUAAAUAUUGUCCAGGUAGUAAUAUAAGUAUAGAGGCCAGUCGCUGAAAUGAUUCUUGCCUGACAUUCUCUCAGGUAUAUAGUCACUUGUGGAAGCGAUGGGGAUGUGAGAAUAUGGGAGAGUCUGGAUGAUGACGAUCCCAAGUCCAUCAACGUCGGGGAGAAGGCAUAUUCUUUAGCCUUGAAGGUGAGUCUCAUACCAGUCUGCCAUUGACAAAGUUACCAAUGUGUUGCACAGCAAAUUUGCAAUAAGCCUACUCAAUGUGGUUGCCAAUGAGGUACUCCUGAGACAUGGCUGUAGACUCUUAGACCCCAUAGGAGUCUACAGCCAUAUCGCAGGAAUAACAAUGUGGGUGAUGUCAAUUCUAUAACACUUCUUAUUUGUAUUAUCUUCCUGGGGUCCACAAGAAACACACAACAUGACGAGUAAGAACGCACCGAUACACAAGGACAGUAACAGAAAUGUAAAAUCCAACAAUAUACAAACAAUACAACAACAAAAAUAAUACAAACAAUACGUGUGUUUGUGUGUGUCCCCCUCACAGUCCCUGUCGUUCCAUGAGAUGUUGUUUAAUCAGUUUUCUAAAGAUAAUUUUGCUGUUUGCUUGAGUAAUUUGAGAUGGAACGGCGUUCUAUGAGAUCAUUGCUAGGGCUGUGGUGGUCAUGAAAUUUUGUCAUCCAGUGAUUGUCAAGCAAAUAACUGCCGGUCUCACGGUAAUUGGCCGUUAAUUAACAUAAACACGUUUAGCAUCUCCUGUCUUCUACACAUAGCCUACAAGACACUGAUGCAGACCUUUGGAACAUCUACAUUUUAAAGUCUAAUAAAUCCAUUUAAUAUAGGCUACACCGUCACAAUAAAUUCAUUUAUUUAUUUUAGACGGGUCUAAAGAAACAUGAUAUGAAGAAAAUGUAUUCUAUUUCAGAGGAACACAACUUCAGUUGAGGUUUAGGUCUUAGGUAAUAUUUUGAACCAAAUACAAUGCUUUUAGUUUUAGAUGUAUUUAUGGCCAGUUUAUUAUUAACCACCCGUUCUGAUACUGACUGUAACUGCUGACAUGUAGAGUGUGGAAUCAUCCGCAUACAAAGUCGUUCUAGCUUCGCGGAAGACCAGUGGUAAAUUAUUUGUAAAAAUAGAGAAGAGUAACGUACCAAGGCAACUGCCCUGCAGGACACAGCACUGUACAUAUCUUAAGUUAGAGUAGCUUCCAUUGAAGAACAAUCUCUGGGUUCUAUAGGUUUUUUAGCCCAUAGAUUUUGAUGUAAUGUUUGAUUUACUCAUAUCUCAUGAAUACACAUUAGACAUGGCAAAAUGAGCUUUAAAACUGCAAAACGGUUUGUGUCAUGAACAGUGCUUGUGCCCAUAGAAAAGACGUGGUGCGAGAUGUUCCCCAAUGCUUGAAGGGGGGCCUGAGUGAAAAGGUUUCGGAAUCCCUGAUCUAAAAAAAAAUGAAGCUGACAUGGGCUAAUUGAAUGACUAUCCGUGAAUGACAUAACAAGAGAAAAACUUCUGAUCCACAACCAAAUGUUGAAAUUGCACCUUGUGUGUAGGGCUGUUGUGGUGACCGUAUUACCGCCACACCGGCGGUCAUGAAGGCAGUCAAAUUCCACGUGACUGUUUAGUCACUGUAAUUAGGCUUCUCCAAGCUCUGAUGUUGCUGCUGGUCAUUAGUAGCCUACCAAACGUGCUAACUGCCUGGUACUCAGCACUCUAUUGUCCCUCUAAUCACUCUGACAUCAAUGCAAAUGUAUUCAAAAAUCUAAUUAAACAUUUAAUGAGAGCCCAUGCACUCAUGUUGCGCAACAUUUCAAUAGGCUAUGCAAUUGCGGGAGAAAACAGAUUGAUGGCCUCUACUAAAAAGAGGAGGAUCCCAACAGCUUUCUAUAGGCCCACUAUAUGUAUUUCUCAACUUUCCUAAUAUUAAGCACAUUGCUUAUAUUUACAACAGGAGUAUAGCCUACCUGGCUGGCAUGAAAAUAAACCACGGGGAAAAGCUAUUCGCUAUACAUUUAUAUUUUCCCGCUGCCCCUGUUUCGAUACCGGUGCAUGAUAAUGGUCCAUUCUAAAUAAAUAAAAAUUCACACAUAUUAUUUAGUAUAUGUAAAGACAAGAUUAUAUCAAGAAUAGUCUGAUGGGUGACAAUAUUAGCCUAUGAUUUGUGAAUUAUAUAUUAUCACUUGUGAAUGAUGCCCAGUAUAAGAAACAAUGCAAUUUUUUUGCGACUUUUUUGAAUCAUAGUCGCACACCUCAUGUAGCCUAGCCCAUAGGCCUAUAUGUUUUGAUAAGGUUUGUAUCCCAACUAAAGUGGCCAAAUAACUUCUUAAAAUUAAGCACAUUAAUCCGCUUUACAAGGGGUGAAGAGCCUAACUGGCAUACAUAAGCAGCGCGUGAGUUUCAAGUUUGGGGAAGAUAAUUUUCACCAUAAUGCACCUUUAUAAUAAAAGCAUUACAUGCAUAAUUGCAUUUGCGGUAACUUUUGAUAAUGGUGUUUCACGCUAAUGGAACAUUUGCGCUUAUAGCCUACUACCAUGUGCGCAUUGCUGCGCUUAUAAUGUGAAGAAAUAGCCUAAUACAGUGGGGGAAAAAAGUAUUUAGUCAGCCACCAAUUGUGCAAGUUCUCCCACUUAAAAAGAUGAGAGGCCUGUAAUUGUCAUCAUAGGUACACGUCAACUAUGACAGACAAAAUGAGAAAAAAAAAAUCCAGAAAAUCACAUUGUAGGAUUUUUAAUGAAUUUAUUUGCAAAUUAUGGUGGAAAAUAAGUAUUUGGUCAAUAACAAAAGUUUCUCAAUACUUUGUUAUAUACCCUUUGUUGGCAAUGACACAGGUCAAACGUUUUCUGUAAGUCUUCACAAGGUUUUCACACACUGUUGCUGGUAUUUUGGCCCAUUCCUCCAUGCAGAUCUCCUCUAGAGCAGUGAUGUUUUGGGGCUGUCGCUGGGCAACACAGACUUUCAACUCCCUCCAAAGAUUUUCUAUGGGGUUGAGAUCUGGAGACUGGCUAGGUCACUCCAGGACCUUGAAAUGCUUCUUACGAAGCCACUCCUUCGUUGCCCGGGCGGUGUGUUUGGGAUCAUUGUCAUGCUGAAAGACCCAGCCACGUUUCAUCUUCAAUGCCCUUGCUGAUGGAAGGAGGUUUUCACUCAAUCUCACGAUACAUGGCCCCAUUCAUUCUUUCCUUUACACGGAUCAGUCGUCCUGGUCCCUUUGCAGAAAAACAGCCCCAAAGCAUGAUGUUUCCACCCCCAUGCUUCACAGUAGGUAUGGUGUUCUGUGGAUGCAACUCAGCAUUCUUUGUCCUCCAAACACGACGAGUUGAGUUUUUACCAAAAAGUUCUAUUUUGGUUUUAUCUGACCAUAUGACAUUCUCCCAAUCCUCUUCUGGAUCAUCCAAAUGCACUCUAGCAAACUUCAGACGGGCCUGGACAUGUACUGGCUUAAGCAGGGGGACACGUCUGGCACUGCAGGAUUUGAGUCCCUGGCGGCGUAGUGUGUUACUGAUGGUAGGCUUUGUUACUUUGGUCCCAGCUCUCUGCAGGUCAUUCACUAGGUCCCCCCCGUGUUGUUCUGGGAUUUUUGCUCACCGUUCUUGUGAUCAUUUUGACCCCACGGGGUGAGAUCUUGCGUGGAGCCCCAGAUCGAGGGAGAUUAUCAGUGGUCUUGUAUGUCUUCCAUUUCCUAAUAAUUGCUCCCACAGUUGAUUUCUUCAAACCAAGCUGCUUACCUAUUGCAGAUUCAGUCUUCCCAGCCUGGUGCAGGUCUACAAUUAUGUUUCUGGUGUCCUUUGACAGCUCUUUGGUCUUGGCCAUAGUGGAGUUUGGAGUGUGACUGUUUGAGGUUGUGGACAGGUGUCUUUUUAUACUGAUAACAAGUUCAAACAGGUGCCAUUUAAUACAGGUAACGAGUGGAGGACAGAGGAGCCUCUUAAAGAAGAAGUUACAGGUCUGUGAGAGCCAGAAAUCUUGCUUGUUUGUAGGUGACCAAAUACUUAUUUUCCACCAUAAUUUGCAAAUAAAUUCAUUAAAAAUCCUACAAUGUGAUUUUCUGGAUUUUUUUUUUCAUUUUGUCUGUCAUAGUUGACGUGUACCUAUGAUGAAAAUUACAGGCCUCUCUCAUCUUUUUAAGUGGGAGAACAUGCACAAUUGGUGGCUGACUAAAUACUUUUUUUCCCCACUGUAGUUUAUCAACAUUGUAAGCUUAAAAGUUCUGAUCUGUUGCUUCAGCCACAUUGCAUAAAAAAGUGUUUUUAAUGCUAGUGGUUGUAUUAAUUUGGGAUCUAUCGCAUCCCACAACUGUUCCAGACUAUGUUUUGAAUAUGUAUUUCUCGCACAGAAUAGAAUAGGUCGACUUUUGUACUAUGGGGGAUAGUACAUUGACAUAGGCUAGUGCUUUUGCUGUUCGUUAUGCCUACUCAUCUUGUUGGCUGAUGAAAAGUAAAUGUGGACAGUUCUUCCAAUAUCUUCAAUAUGCACCUCGGAAUUGGAUAAGGACACGCACAGUUGAGUCCCCGAUGUGUCUUUCUUCACAUGUAGCCUGUGAGAAAGACUCGAUCACGUGAUAGAGGGCGCAGCACUCAGGGAGAAGGGCACAACGGCCUUUGGCCACAAAAUACAUAGAUUUUUUUAGGGUGCAUUACGGCCACACAAAGGGAAUGCCGGCGUGAAAUUCUAGGCUUUAUCAAGUGCUUGUCAAAUUGUGAAUGAGUGACUGAUGUAGUGUGCACAGCCUGCACAAAAACCAAGCAGAGCUCAUGUCUUUCAAGCGACUUUUUUCAAAUCAUCAGAGUUGCAUCAUGCAGCCUUACAAUGUAUUAAAAAUCUAAACAUAUAGCCCGUUUGUAGAACUGAAGUUAUAUUAAUAACUCUAAAUUAAGCAUAUAGGAAUACCUAUUUCUUUGUUAACCGCUCAACACAAAAUAGCCGCAUGUGCGCACUCCCUCAAAUCAUUUGGAGAAAAUAUCCUUUCUAUUUUAUUCAGCUUUGUGCAAUUGUAUUCUUCAUACUAUAAAAUAAAGCAAAUCUUGUCUGCUAAAUGAACUAGUGUAGCCCAAAGCCAUUUGGCAUAGCCAGAUCAGGACCUAACAUAAGGACAACUCAAGCGUAUGCUAUUCUGUUCUUCUGAAAUAGACUACGUUUUCUUCAUAUCAUGCUUCUUUAGACCAUCUAAAAUAAAUAUGGAUUUAUUGUGAAGGUGUAGGCUAUAUUACAUGUAUUUAUUAUACUUUUUUAAAUGUAGAUGUUCCAAAGGUCAGCAUCAGUGGCUUGUAUGCUAUGUGUGGAAGCCAGGAGAUGCUAAAUGUGUUUAUGUUAAUUAACUGUCCAUUACCGUGAGACUGACAGUUAUUUGCUUGACAAUCACCGGCUGACGAAAUUUCGUGACCGCCACGGCCCUACUUGUGUGGAAUUGAUCCAAGGGCCUUCAAAAGGGUGGCGGCCGCCAGUUGCCCAUCCCUGCUCUAGUUGGUUGAGUGACAACCUGGGUCAUAUUACAGGCAUUAGUCACAGUUAGAAGCUUCCUCUUGACAGGACAGCUAGUUGUUAACCAGUCAAUGUUCAGGUCACCCAGAAAAUAAACCUCUCUUAACAUCACACACACUACACACUGCAUCACUAGUAUCGAUCUAUCUAGCUAUCAUCUACGAGCUAUCUAGCAUCUAUCUAUCAGCUAUCUCGAGCGAUCUAAUCGAUCGACUAUCGAGCAACUAUCUAGCUAGGAUCGAGUCAUGCUAUCUAUCGAGCUCUAUCUAGAUACCUAAUCGAUCUAGCGAGCUAUAUCUAGUAGAUCGUAUCUACGAUCUAUCAUCAUCUAUCGAUCUAAACUAGCAGCGAGCGAUCUAGCUAUCGAGCUACGAUCAUAGCUACUACGAUCGAUCUAUAUCUACAGCGAUGCACUAGAGCUAUUAGCAUCUCUAGCGACACGAGCGAUGCGAUCGAAAUCUAUCUAUCGAUCAUCUAUCGAGCUAAGCUAUCGAUCAGGAUCAAUCUAUCUAUCUAUCGACUACUAUCGAUCAUCUAUCUAGCGAUCGAUCUAUCUAUCAUCUAGCAGACAUCGAUCGAUCUACUAUCAUGAUCUAUCUAUCAUCUAGCUAUCUAGGAGAGGCUAUCUAUCUAUCUACUAUCUAGCGAGCUAUCGAUCGAGAGCUAUCUAGCUAUCUAGUCGAUCUAUCUAGGAUCAGCUAUCUAUUAUCAGCGAGCAUCUAUCGACUACUAUCUGCGAAUCUAGCGGCUAGGAUCGAGCUAUCGACUACGAGCGUAGCGAUCUGAGCGGCGAGCUAGUACUAGCUAUCGAUCUAGCAUAGCGACUAUCUAUCUAUCUACUAGCAUAUCUAUCGAGGCAUCGAGCUAUCGUAUCGAGUCGUCGAUGAUCGAGCGAGCUAGCUAGCUAGCGAGCGAGCUAUCGAUCUAGCGAAGAGCUAUCUAUCUAGCUAUCUAGCUAGCGAUCUAGCGAGGAUCGAGCUAGCGAGCUAAGCUAUCAAUCGAGUCUAUCAGCGAGCGAUCUAUCUAUCACUAUCUAUCAGCUAUCUAUCUAUCUAUCGAGCGAUAGCGAUCUAUAGCGAUCGAGCUAUCUACUACAUCGAUCUAGCGAUCUAUGCUAUCAUCUAUCUAUCAUCUAUCUAUCUUCUAUCUAUCUAUCUAUCUAUUAUCUAUCUACUAUCUAUCUAUCUAUCUAUCUAUCUAUCUAUCUAUCUAUCUAUCUAUCUAUCUAUCUAUCUAUCUAUCUACUAUCGAUCGUAUUUAUAUAUUUGUUAAUUCCAUUUAUUUAUUUUUGUGUGUGUAUUGUUAGAUAUUACUGCACUUUUUGAGCUAGGAACACAAGCGUUUCACUACACCUGCAAUAACAUCUGCUAAAUAUAUGAAUGCAACCAAUAAAAUGUGAUUUGAUUUGAUCCAAAUACUGACUGUUAGCACUUGGUGGCCUGUAGCGGCACCCCAAAAGAAUAGGCUUUAGAUGAGGCAGGUGAACUUGCAACCACAACCCUUCAACAACAUUUGACAUGAGAUCCUCUCAAAGCUUUACAGGAAUAUGGCUCUGAACAUAUACAGCAACACCUCCCCCAUAGGCAUUCCUGUUUUUUCUGUAGAUGUUAUAUCCUUCUAUUGCUACUGCUGUAUCUCAUCAAAGGAAUUAUCUAAGUGAGUUUCAGAGAUGGCCGGUAUACGUAUGAAUGUUAUCCUAUGUUAGCAAGUUAUUGAUUUCAUGAACCUUGUUUCUAGUGUUACAUACUUCUUAGUCAAGUUGUACAUACAAUAUGAUGAUAAUAACAAUUGUAUUCAACAAGGAUAGCACCUUUCAUACAGAAGUUCAAAUAGAUUUACUCUCCAAAAUUGUUUUAUAUCACAAAAUCUAAAUGUAGUAAGCUACAAUGGACUGUUAAAACUAUGUUCUAUGGCUCGAUUUUAUCCGCUCCCCUUUUCAAAUCAAGGUUUAUUUGUCAUUCAUGGCAUACAAUGAAGUGUACAAUGAAAUUCUUAUAUUGUUGUAAUCUAACUUUUGUAUUUUCUUCCCCAUAAUAUAGAAUGGGAAGCUGGUCACAGCAGCCUCCAACAACACAGUGCAGAUCCACACGUUCCCUGAGGGUGACCCAGAUGGCAUCCUCACCCGCUUUACCACCAAUGCCACCCAUGUCACGUACAACAGCAGCGGCUCCAGAGUAGCGGCCGGAUCCAGGUACUAUAGACGGACACCCAUAGAAAUAGAAUGACUAGAAUAGAAUGUAAUUUCUGUGUUACCACCCCGAUGUGUAGAGCUCUGAGAGCAAAUGGCUAGAAGACUGAUAAAUUACAAUCACUUCGGCAAUGCAGAUAUCUACGUUUAUUUCCAUGUCAUAAAAAUGUGUUUCUGGUUUGAUGGUUACACUUAUGAUCCCAAUAUAGUUAUUGUGCCAGACCAUAGAUUUAUCUUUGGGACUUUGUAAAAAAUCUAGCUUUUUUUUUGGGAUUUGGAAGGACAUUGGACUUCUAGUGGGCUAAUUCCGGUUUAAGAAUCAAUGGGCAGGUUUUUGAAUAUAGGAUCUUUACACUGUAGAAUGACCGCUUGAACACGGUGCGCACGGAUUACUUUUGACCAAAUAGACACAACACAGCUUUCAAUUCCUUUCUGAUUAGUGGUGACUGUAAGUCAAUAGCUGUUUGCUCUAAGCAUUUAUUCUCUAAACAGGUGUAUCACAGAAAUGAAGACUCCGACCAUAUCUCUGGAUUGAUUAGGCCAUUUUCAUGUGGCUAAUAUCCGUUUGAAUAUUGACUUGAUCAGCACAGGCAGCUGAGGCCUGUUGAGGGUUACAUAUGUAGUUUGUAUUUCCUGCUGUGCAACAGGGUGGUCAAAUGAAGAUGUGGCAUCUGUAUUUGACAUCCACACCACCAAUUUGAGGAAAUUAGUGUCUUGCGUCUAUUUCCUACUGUAGAUCUAACUGAUCUAGAUAUGUAAUACUGUGUCUGAUACAAAGUAAAAGUUGGAAGCAGAGCAGUUACUACUCAAUUGAUUGUUUGCAUGAUUGAUUAAUGAAUUCCUUCAUUCAUUCCUUCAUUCAUUUUAUUGCCUCACUCACCAGAGAUGAGAUUUUUCCAGACGAAUCAAGAAUUCCUGCUUUUCUGACAUCCAUUCAUAUAUCAUUAAAACUGACAUACCCCUAGCCCAAACAAUGAUUUUCUUGAUUACUUUUGUUCUGAUCACAUCCUCUAUAUAUAUAUAUAUAUAUAUAUGUGUAUAUGUCUAUAUAUAUGUAUGUGUAUAUAUAUAUGUCUAUAUAUAUGUAUGUGUGUGUGUAUAUAUAUAUAUAUAUAUAUAUAUGUAUAUGUAUAUAUGUAUGUGUGUGUGUGUUCCUCCCUCAGUGACUUCAUGGUGAAGGUAGUGGAGGUGUCCGACAGCAGUCAGCAGAAGACCCUGCGGGGACACAAUGCCCCCGUCCUCAGUGUCACCUUUGACCCCAAGGAUGAGUUCCUGGUAGGAAUAAUCUACAACGUUACCCUUACCACCACUAAUUUUAACGAUUUUGAUAUGAUACUAAUUAGCUAGAUACUGUUAUUGUGCAUUAGGAAUAGACUAGAAUGCUUUAUUCUUACAAGAAAAAAAAGGUAUUUGUCAAACCUUUCUCUUUCUCAUCUCAGGCCUCUGCCAGCUGUGAUGGAUCUGUAGCUGUGUGGAACAUUGAGGAACAGGUAAAAAACCAUCACCCCACCUCAUAUUCUACUCUUCUGUUUAGCUCAUUGUCAUUGAAGUCUUUGGGCGUGCCGCCUAAGCGUUUUUUACAGAUGCCUACAGCCAAACAGUGUAAAUAACUUUUUGGGAUGGAAAAAUGCUUUCAGUGUAAAAUUAAACGACUAAAACCAGAUAUAAAGUAUGUAGAAAAGAUCAUGAACCUAUAUAGUUUUUAUUAAUAUAAUAUUUGAGAACUAACAGUCACCAAAAUAACAGUCAGGAUAAUAGAAAAUCCCAAAAACAAUGAAUUUAGCAGUAUUGACUUUGUUACGUUUUGAGCAAAAUAACACUGCAGUAGCCAUGGCAAAAUACAUAGAAUUGCAGGAAAUUAGCUUUAGAACUGCAGCAUUUUCUUUCAGUUCCAUGGCAAAAAAACUGAAACAAUUUCUCUCAGCUACAUGGAAAUUGGCUUAAAUAUUCAAAAAUGUCUCUAAACCGCCAAGAUGGGGGCCUCUAAAAUUCUCUACAAUACAGCCGCGCAGACGGGCCGACCACAUCCAUUGGCAUGCCCCCUGAUGCCCACCACCUAAGCCCCCUUUUUGAUCUAGAGAAAACCCCGUACUUACUGUAUCUGCUCUUGCUCUAUCAACUGCCAUUUGAAAAUACAUUUAAGAAUUGUAUCUGGGUCACGUUCAUUCGGGUACACAAGAAAAACACUUCAAAGCGUUUUGCAAUGUUAAAUGAAAAAUGUGUCUUUCUCAUUGGUCAAGUCCAGGUAGUCCCUCUCCAGUUUGUCAGUUUUCUUGCCUAAUGAACAUGGCCCUGUUAUUGCAUUAGAGUGAUCUGAGAAACUCUGCUUUGGAUUCAUUCAGACUCAGGUGACCAGCUGGCCGCUGCUGCAGAAGUCCAAUGAUGUCAUCAAUGCCAAGUCCCUGUGCCGACUGGCCUGGCAGCCCAGGGCCGCUAAGGUACUAACUCACUUACCUCUACUUCUAGGUUAUAGCCUGAAAUUAAUUGACACUUUCCUUUAAGGCGACUUAUAGUUUUCACCUGUUCAGUACCUCUUCUACGCACCAUUAUUAUUUAUUCAGGUUAGUCUCAUCGAGAUAGGAUAUAUUUUUCAAGACAGAUCCUGAUCCACUUAGUGACACUUAUGCCAUUAUGUCAGAGUGCCCGGUGGUUUCCAUAGUGUGUGUAUGUGUGUGUGUGUCUAGCUCCUGGCCGUUCCCGUGGAGACAACGGUGCAGCUGUACCAGAGAGACUCCUGGGCCCACGUGAGCACACUCUCUGAUGACCUUGGCACACAGGUGAGGUCAAUGGGUAAAGUGGAUACCUGGGGGGCAUGUUUCAUGCCUAUUAAACACCACCAUGCAUGGCUCCACUGUAGGCCUGGGCGAUAUGGGCUAAAAAAUAAUAUCCAGAUUUGUUAUUUAUUUAGGCGAUUCGUGAUAUAUAUCUAGAUUUGGAAAAACAUUUUUGCUCUCUAAAUAGACUUUGUUGUACAAUUUAAAGGUAAAAUAAACUUCAUUUCAAACGGCCAGCAAUAGUCUAAUGAAUUCAGGGCUUGUGAAAUUCUUAUGUUUUUUUGCAAUAAUCUGUCAAUGAGUACAGUUACAUGCACACAAUAAUGCGGUUUUUGGGGAUAGAAUAGAUUAAUAUAUUAGUUUGAUAUAAACCUUUACAUGCUUUGUAAGAAGAACGAUUUCCCCAAUAUUCCUAAUGACUUGGACACAUCUGAAAUCAUGCUACCUGAUGGCACUUUGAUAAAUGCAGAAAAUCACCAAUCAAAAUAAAUGUUCUACGACAGCGACCUUGUUAUUUUUGGGAAGCAUAUUUGAGUUUGGGCAUAUAAAGUUUGUAUGUAAAACCUACUUCUAAGAGGCAUAUAUUGUUCCUAACUCACUUCACUCUGGCUAAAGAGGGAGGUUCGCUCAGCUGGUGCUAGCACAUGUGCAGACCAAAUACACAGCUGGAACAACGAUUAGGGUGUUAACAUGUCUUAAUAAAUCGUAAGAACCAGGUGUUUUAAUCGGCGUAUGCUUACUUCCAUUUUAACUUCUCUUCUAUUACAGUAAAAUAAUGUCUCAAUGUGUUUCGGUGUCCAUACGAUUCUGUUGGACCAAACGUCAAAUGCAAAUAGCGAGUUGAAACCGCUUGCCAGAGAGGAAGAAGUGAUCUCUCAUCUUUAUUGGUGUGAGUGGCAGGGGGAGGGGCUUGGCGUGUGUGUAAAGGAAAGGUGCACAAUGGCAGUGCACACCGUACAGAAGGAGCGAAGGAGACAAGACCAAAAAGACAACAUGAGAACAAGCUGACAUAAGCACUUAUAUAAACAAAUGAAAAAAAUAAGCCUGAUUUCUUGCGAUAUAGGCGUUUGGAAUAUCACGCAAAAACAUUAAUUCGAGUUAAUUCUAUAUAUCGCACAGCCUAUAUAUCGCAUUUGCUUCCAAUGUAGCUACAAGAUCAAUUCUCAAUUCAUAAAUUGUUCCCACCACUUGGGCUGUCCCCGACUAAAAUAUAUCUUGGUCGCCCGAAAGUUGUCUGUUCUUUCCACCAAUCGAUUGGUCUACAUUUUUUACAGUGUAUUUUUCCAUAUGUAGACACACCCUACACUACCGUUCAAAAGUUUGGGGUCAUUUAGAAAUGUCCUUGUGUUUUCGAAAGAAAAUAAAUUUUUUUGUCCCUUUUUAAAAUAACAUCAAAUUGAUCAGAAAUACAGUAUAGACAUUGUUAAUGUUGUAAAUGGCUAUUGUAGCUGGAAAUGGCUGAUUUUUUAUGGAAUAUCUAUAUAGGCGUACAGAGGCCCAUUUAUCAGCAACCAUCAGUCCUGUGUUCCAAUGGCAUGUUGUGUUUGCUAAUCCAAGUUUAUCAUUUUAAAAGGCUAAUUGAUCAUCUCCUUUUUCCAAGAUGGCGAAGUAGUGCAGUCUGUUUCUGUCGUGUGUCUGUAAAUAGCCUGUAAAUACCUUGUUUUUUUUUGUAUUUUUCGUACCUAUUUCCCUAUCAGACUUUUCAUCCUUCUACAAAAUAUACUUUCCUGCAACCCGCCUCACUCAAUGUGGAACGGACUCUAUUAUUGACUUACCUUUUAUCUAGAAUCUCCAGUGAAACUAGCUAGCCAGCUAACUAGCUACCUGCUAUUAGCCUUAGCUAGCGGUGUUUCACCCAGAACAUUGGAUUUUCUUCUGCGGGAUUAAUUUUAAUCACUGGACAUUGAUCACCGGAUAUUCGGCCAGUCUGCACAGCGCGUUAUCGACCCAGAACAUAUCCGUUUUUCCGCUGGAACCAUUGAAUCACUGGACCUUUAACUCCGGAUUCGUCGCUACCAGCUAGCUACAACAAAACGGACGCUGUGGUCUGGCUAAUUAUCCUGAGCUAAGCCCAUCUCCCGGCUAUCUACCUCUCUGUCAACCGGACGGGACCACCUAGUAUUGACACGGAGCCCCGCCGAUCCUACACGACUGGUCUGCCGACGAAAUCGUCUGAUGUGGUUACGACGUUAACCACGAAGAUUCCAUCCAUCUGCUAGCCCUGGCCCGCUAGCACACGCUAGCCGUGGCCUCUUACUAGUGCUUCACCACCGGACCUUAUGAUAACUCAGCUAUACAGCUGAUAUCUGCUGGACUGUUCCUUUUUACGGUACUACAUCCUGUUUAUGUUUAGCCUCAGCCCAAACAUGGUUAGUUUAUUGUUGUUUCGGUUAUUUCUAAUUGUACUAUAUCACUGCAGACCCCCCAGCCUAGCUAAACUUGCCUUAGAUAGCUCCUUUGCACCUCCUCCAAUACACGCGGAGACCGACUCAAUUUAUGCCUCUAGAGAUACCUCCAGCGAUGCUAUCUCUUUCAUCGUUACCCAACGCUUAGGUUUACCUCCACUUUACUCAUAUCCUUCCAUAUCCUUGUCUGUACAUAAUGCCCUGAAUCUUUUCUAUAACACCCGGAAAUCUGCCCCCUUUUUUCUCUGUACCCAACGCACUAGAAGACCAGUUCUUAAAGCCUUUAGCCGUAUCCUUAUUCUAGUCCUCCUCUGUUCCUCUGGUGAUGUAGAGGCUAACCCAGGCCCUGCAGCCCUCAGUAUCACUCCUACUCCCCAGGCGCUAUCAUUUGAUGACUUCUGUAAUCGCAAAAGUCUUGGUUUCUUGCACAUAAAUAUCAGAAGUCUACUUCCUAAGUUUGAGUUAUUCACUGCGUUAGCACACUCUGCCAACCCUGAUGUUCUAGCAGUGUCUGAAUCCUGGCUCAGGAAGGCCACCAUAAAUUCUGAAAUUUCCAUCCCCAACUAUAACAUUUUCCGUCUAGAUAGAACUGCCAAAGGGGGUGGAGUUGCAAUCUACUGUAGAGAUAGCCUGCAGAGCUCUAUCAUACUAUCCAGGUCUGUGCCCAAACAGUUUGAGCUUCUACUUUUAAAAAUCCACCUUUCCAGAAAUAAGUCUCUCACUGUUGCCGCUUGCUACAGACCCCCCUCAGCCCCCAGCUGUGCCCUGGACACCAUAUGUGAAUUGAUCGCCCCCCAUUUAUCCUCAGAGUUUGUACUGCUUGGUGACCUAAAUUGGGAUAUGCUUAAUACCCCAGCCAUCCUACAAUCCAAGCUAGAUGCCCUCAACCUCACGCAAAUUAUCAACGAACCUACCAGGUACAACCCAAAAUCCGUAAACAUGGGUACCCUCAUAGAUAUCAUCCUGACUAACAUACCCUCUAAAUACACCUCAGCUGUCUUCAACCAGGAUCUCAGCGAUCACUGCCUUAUUGCCUGCGUCCGUAACGGGUCCGCGGUCAAACGACCACCCCUCAUCACUGUCAAACGCUCCCUAAAACACUUUAGCGAGGAGGCCUUCCUAAUGGACCUGGCCCAGGUAUCCUGGAUGGAUAUAGAUCUCAUUCCGUCAGUAGAGGAUGCCUGGUUGUUCCUUAAAAGUAAUUUCCUCUCAAUCUUAAAUAAACAUGCCCCAUUCAAAAAAUACAGAACUAAGAACCGAUAUAGCCCCUGGUUCUCCUCAGACUUGACUGCCCUUGACCAGCACAAAAACAUCCUGUGGCGUACAGCAUUAGCAUCAAAUAGCCCCCGCGAUAUGCAACUUUUCAGGGAAGUUAGGAACCAAUAUACACAAGCAGUCAGGAAAGCAAAGGCUAACUUUUUCAAACAGAAAUUUGCAUCUUGUAGCACUAACUCCAAAAAGUUUUGGGACACUGUAAAGUCCAUGGAGAAUAAGAGCACUUCCUCCCAGCUGCCCACUGCACUGAGGCUAGGAAACACUAUCACCACCGAUAAAUCUACAAUAAUCGAGAAUUUCAACAAGCAUUUUGCUACAGCUGGCCAUGCUUUCCAUCUGGCUACCACUAACCCGGCCACCAACUCUGCACCCUCUGCUGCAACUUGCCCAUGCCCCCCCCGCUUCUCCUUCACACAAAUUCAGACAGCUGAUGUUUUGAAAGCGCUGCAAAAUCUGGACCCCUACAAAUCAGCUGGGCUAGACAAUCUGGACCCUUUCUUUCUAAAACUAGCCGCUGAAAUUGUCGCUAACCCUAUUACUAGUCUGUUUAACCUCUCUUUCAUAAUGUCUGAGAUCCCCAGAGAUUGGAAAGCUGCCGCGGUCAUCCCCCUCUUCAAAGGGGGUGACACUCUAGAUCCAAACUGCUACAGACCUAUAUCCAUCCUGCCCUGCCUUUCGAAAGUAUUCGAAAGCCAAGUUAACAAACAGAUCAUCGACCAUUUCGAAUACCACCGUACCUUCUCCGCUAUGCAAUCCGGUUUCCGAGCUGGUCACGGGUGCACUUCAGCCACGCUCAAGGUCCUAAACGAUAUUAUAACCGCGAUUGAUAAUAGACAGUACUGUGCAGCUGUCUUCAUCGACCUGGCCAAGGCUUUCGACUCUGUCAACCACCGCAUUCUUAUUGGCAGACUAAAUAGCCUUGGUUUCUCAAAUGACUGCCUCGCCUGGUUCACCAACUACUUCUCAGAUAGAGUUCAGUGUGUCAAAUCGGAGGGCCUGUUGUCUGGACCUAUGGCAGUCUCUAUGGGGGUGCCACAGGGUUCAAUUCUUGGGCCGACACUUUUCUCCGUGUAUAUCAAUGAUGUCGCUCUUGCUGCUGGUGACUCUCUGAUCCACCUCUACGCAGACGACACCAUUUUGUAUACAUCUGGCCCUUCAUUGGACACUGUGUUAACAAACCUCCAAACGAGCUUCAAUGCCAUACAACAAUCCUUCAGUAGCCUCCAACUGCUCUUAAACACUAGUAAAACUAAAUGCAUGCUUUUCAAUCGAACGCUGCUGGCACCCGCCCACCCGACUAGAAUCACCACUCUCGACGGGUCUGACCUAGAGUAUGUGGACAACUACAAAUACCUAGGUGUCUGGUUAGACUGUAAACUCAACUUCCAGACUCACAUAAAGAAUCUCCAAUCCAAAGUUAAAUCUAGAAUCGGCUUCCUAUUUCGCAAUAAAGCCUCCUUCACUCAUGCUGCCAAACAUGCCCUCGUAAAACUGACUAUCCUACCGAUCCUUGACUUCGGCGAUGUAAUUUACAAAAUAGCCUCCAACACUCUACUCAGCAAAUUGGAUGUAGUCUAUCACAGUGCCAUCCGUUUUGUCUCCAAAGCCCCAUACACUACCCACCACUGUGACCUGUACGCUCUUGUUGGCUGGUCCUCACUACAUGUUCGUCGUCAAACCCAUUGGCUCCAGGCCAUCUAUAAAUCACUGCUAGGCAAAUCCCCGCCUUAUCUUAGCUCAUUGGUCACCAUAGCAGCACCCACCCGUAGUCUACGCUCCAGCAGGUAUAUCUCACUGGUCAUUCCCAAAGCCAACACCUCCUUUGGCCGCCAUUCCUUCCAGUUCUCUGCUGCCAAUGACUGGAACGAAUUGCAAAAAUCUCUGAAGCUGGAGACUCUUAUCUCCCUUAAUAACUUUAAGCAUCAGUUGUCAGAGCACCUUACCGAUCACUGCACCUGUACACAGCCCAUCCGAAAUUAGCCCACCCAACUACCUCAUCCCUAUAUUAUUUAUUUUGCUCUUUUGCACCCCAGUAUCUCUAUUUGCACAUAAUCUCUUGCACAUCUAGCAUUCCAGUGUUAAUACUAUUGUAAUUAUUCUGCACUAUAGCCUAUUUAUUGCCUUACCUCCAUAACUUGCUACAUUUGCACACACUGUAUAUAUAUUUUCUGUUGUAUUUUCUGACUUUAUGUUUUUUUUACCCCAUAUGUAACUCUGUUGUUUUUAUUGCACUACUUUGCUUUAUCUUGGCCAGGUCGCAGUUGUAAAUGAGAACUUGUUCUCAACUGGCUUACCUGGUUAAAUAAAGGUGAAAAAAAAAAAAUAAAAAAUAAAAAAAUUUAGAAAACCCUUUUGCAAUUAUGUUAGCACAGCUGAAAACUGUUGUGCUGAUUAAAGAAAAUAAAACUGGCCUUCUUGAGACGGGUUGAGUAUCUGUAGCAUCAGCAAUUGUGUGUUCGAUUAGAGGCUCAAAAUGGCCAGAAACAAAUAGCUUUCGUCUGAAACCCGUCAGUCUAUUCUUGUUCUGAGAAAUGAAGGCUAUUCCAUGCGAGAAAUUGCCAAGAAACUGAAGAUCUCGUACAACGCUGUGUACUACUCCCUUCACAAAACAGCUAAACUGGCUCUAACCAGAAUAGAAAGAGGAGUGGGAGGCCCCGGUGCACAACUGAGCAAGAGGACAAAUACAUUAGUGUCUAGUUUGAGAAACAGACGCCUCACAGGUCCUCAACUGGCAGCUUCAUUAAAUAGUACCUGCAAAACACCAGUCUCAACGUCAACAGUGAAGAGGCGACUCCGGGAUGCUGACCUUCUAGGCAGAGUUGCAAAGAAAAAGCCAUAUCUCAGACUGGCCAAUAAAAAUAAAAGAUUAAGAUGGGCAGUGUGAGAGAAUGCUUUUUCUUUGCAACUCUGCCUAGAAGGUCAGCAUCCCGGAGUCGCCUCUUCAACAUUGUAUAAAAUAUUCUGGGCACUCAGUUUCCUGCGCCAGUGAGCUCGGGACAGACACAGCUGUAGGCUAUUUGCAUAAGGGAUAAGAAGCAGUGCUUGACUUGGGCAGGAGCUCACCGGAGAUGAGUACCAGCACCUCAAAUUAUUUACUGCUUGAGCUUCUGUUCCUCUUAUAGAAUAUUAGCUCAAAAUUAUUGUGGAGCUCCUGCACCUAAAUAUAAACAGUACCAGCACCCAAAAUGAGUACCGGAACCUAUUUCAGUCCAAGUCGAGCACUGAUAAGAAGUAAUCAGGUAGGUGUAUUUUAUGACGUUUCCAUUGGAUCAGAGCAUUACUUUUUUUCCUUUCACGCAUAGUGGUUAUCAAAAGGGAGAGAGCUGGAAAGAUUUUUCAAAUACAUUGAGGAACUAUUGUAAUUCUCAGUGGAUGUAAAAAUACUUUGUUUGCUUGCUGUUUGAGGUGAAGAAAACAUUACUUUGAGAAGCUCCACAGGUCAUUAGUGGUGGUGUGUUAAGCCAGUCAGAAAUACUAUCAGAUCCACAAAUGGGCACAUUUAUUUGCCUACAUUUGAGCACAGGCCAGGUAGCCUAUAGGCCUACUUCUAUGCGUGCUCGUCCUUACUCAACAUUGCCAGGAGUGCUCCAAACAAAAGACAAUGACAAAACUCGAAAAUGGAAUGAAAUAAACCAAAACUUGUGUAGCAGGUUGUACACUCUGCAGACAAUGUGUCCACUCCGACAAUGAGAACGGGAAGACUGGAAUAAUAAUAUUGAAUACAUUAAAAUAAAUUACAGUAACUAAAGUAACAAACAUAUAUUAGAUCGUAGAAAUUAUAGGAAUUAACGGUAAAUGUAUUACUGGUGAGAUAUGUCAUGGGGGAAUUGAUAUACACUCACAACCAAAUGCAAACAAUUCACAAUUAAGUUAUGAAACAAUGAAUGUGCACAAAUUGGCGUGAGAGUGCAUUCUGGAGAGAGAAGUGCAUUGUGCAUCUGGGCGCAUGGUCAAUCCGACAUCUGCAUUGGCCAUGCAGUAUUUAUGGUGAUAUAGCCUCAGCAGAAGUCAGGGCAUUUGUACUUCUUGCAAUUGCGCAAUACCCUCCAUAUGGAGCCUCCUACAUUGUAAAAAAAGUAUUUGAUCCCCUGCUGAUUUUGUACGUUUGCCCACUGACAAAGACAUGAUCUGUCUAUAAUUUGAAUGGUAGGUUUAUUUGAACAGUGAGAGACAGAAUAACAACAAAAAAAUCCAGAAAAAUGCAUGUCAAAAAUGUUAUGAAUUGAUUUACAUUUUAAUGAGGGAAAUAAGUAUUUGACCCCUCUGCAAAACAUGACUUAGUACUUGGUGGCAAAACCCUUGUUGGCAAUCACAGAGAUCAGAUGUUUCUUGUAGUUGGCCACCAGGUUUGCACACAUCUCAAGAGGGAUCUUGUCCCACUCCUCUUUGCAGAUCUUCUCCAAGUCAUUAAGGUUUCGAGGCUGACGUUUGGCAACUCGAACCUUCAGCUCCCUCCACAGAUUUUCUAUGGGAAUAAGGUCUGGAGACUGGCUAGGCCACUCCAGGACCUUAAUGUGCUGCUUCUUGAGCCACUCCUUUGUUGCCUUGGCCGUGUGUUUUGGGUCAUUGUCAUGCUGGAAUACCCAUCCACGACCCAUUUUCAAUGCCCUGGCUGAGGGAAGGAGGUUCUCACCCAAGAUUUGACGGUACAUAGCCCCGUCCAUCGUCCCUUUGAUGCGGUGAAGUUGUCCUGUCCCCUUAGCAGAAAAACACCCCCAAAGCAUAAUGUUUCCACGUCCAUGUUUGACGGUAGGGAUGGUGUUCUUGGGGUCAUAGGCAGCAUUCCUCCUCCUCCAAACACGAGUUGAGUAGAUGCCAAAGAGCUCGAUUUUGGUCUCAUCUGACCACAACGCUUUCACCCAGUUCUCCUCUGAAUCAUUCAGAUGUUCAUUGGCAAACUUCAGACGGGCCUGUAUAUGUGCUUUCUUGAGCAGGGGGACCUUGCGGGCGCUGCAGGAUUUCAGUCCUUCACGGCGUAGUGUGUUACCAAUUGUUUUCUUGGUGACUAUAGUCUCAGCUGCCUUGAGAUCAUUGACAAGAUCCUCCCGUGUAGUUCUGGGCUGAUUCCUCACCGUUCUCAUGAUCAUUGCAACUCCACGAGGUGAGAUCUUGCAUGGAGCCCCAGGCCGAGGGAGAUUGACAGUUCUUUUGUGUUUCUUCCAUUUGCGAAUAAUCGCACCAACUGUUGUCACCUUCUCACCAAGCUGCUUGGCAAUGGUCUUGUAGCCCAUUCGAGCCUUGUGUAGGUCUACAAUAUUGUCCCUGACAUCCUUGGAGAGCUCUUUGGUCUUGGCCAUGGUGGAGAGUUUGGAAUCUGAUUGAUUGAUUGGUUCUGUGGACAGGUGUCUUUUAUACAGGUAACAAGCUGAGAUUAGGAGCACUCCCUUUAAGAGUGUGCUCCUAAUCUCUGCUCAUUACCUGUAUUAAAGACACCUGGGAGUCAGAAAUCUUUCUGAUUGAGAGAGGGUCAAAUACUUAUUUCCCUAAUUUAAAAUGCAAAUCAAUUUAUAACAUUUUUGACAUGCGUUUUUCUGGAUUUCUUUGUUGUUAUUCUGUCUCUCACUGUUCAAAUAAACCUACCAUUAAAAUGAUAGACAGAUCAUUUCUUUGUCAGUGGGCAAACGUACAAAAUCAGCAGGGGAUCAAAUACUUUUUUCCCUCACUGUACCACAUUUACGAAUCAAGCAUAAAUAUUAUUUUAGUCUAAUCCUCCGCAAUGGAUUAGUUCACUGAGAUGGGCGCAAAUAUAUACUCUGUGUGUGUAUAUAUAUAUAUACAGUACCAGUCCAAAAAUUGGACACAGCUACUCAUUCAAGGGUUUUUCUUUAUUUGUACUAUUUUCUACAUGUGCUGACCCCCAGUCGACUAAUUGGGGUCAGCCCUACACUCCACAAACUUACAGGAACACCAUAACCUGAAUCUGAACCAUAGAAUUUUUACUUCAUGUAAGUUUGGCAUGACGAAUAUUAAAGGUUUGUUUAUCCAUAGCACUAAUUGAACUGUAACUUGAUUUUACAGCAGUUAUUGGAAACUGAGGUGUUAUUUCAUUAGAAAAGUAUUGCACGCCCUAUAAACCACCUCACCCAUACUUCACUCGAUGUACAUUGGUAACGAUAUGGAAAAUGGCCUGUUGCUCCCAUGUAAAAGGGUGGUUUUCCAUCUUUUAAUGAGUCAUUUUCUCACCGCCACCUCCUCUCUCCAUCUUUCUCCAUCCCCCGCUCCUUCCACCAGGCAAUAAACAUAGUGGCCUGGUCGCCCUGUGGGAAGUUCUUGGCUGCCGGGAGCAUCGGGGGUUUGCUGACGGUCUGGGACGUGGAGAGCAAGCUGUGUGUGGAAAGGUAUGAGACAGAAUCACACUGAAACUGAUAGAAAGCAAUAUUUGCUCAAUCGAUUUAAUUUAAUAUUUCAAUUCGACUGACUGUGUUCUCCUUGCUUUGGUUGAAGUAUUUGAGUGGAACUGUGCAGACCUGUGUUCAAUAUAAAUUCAAUAGUGUGUAUUUUUUCAAAUACUUGAUUGGGUUUGACUGACACAAUGGAAGCAAUGGAAUAGUCCCAAUUAGGAAUGCAAAUGUUGGUUAAUUUUUCUGCCGACUAACCGAUCCUCUUUACCCGGUCGACAAAUUGUAAAAAAAUUUACAACGAGUAAAAUGACGUGACCAACAGAAAAUAGCCUAGUAUGCAUGCAUACAAGGAAAGGACAUUUUUCAUUAAGAGUUUUAAAGCGGAACUGACAGCGUUUUUACUUAUACUGAACAAAAAUACACUGCUCAAAAAAAUAAAGGGAACACUUAAACAACACAAUGUAACUCCAAGUCAAUCACACUUCUGUGAAAUCAAACUGUCCACUUAGGAAGCAACACUGAUUGACAAUAAAUGUCACAUGCUGUUGUGCAAAUGGAAUAGACAACAGAUGGAAAUUAUAGGCAAUUAGCAAGACACCCCCAAUAAAGAAGUGGUUCUGCAGGUGGUGACCACAGACCACUUCUCAGUUCCUAUGUUUCCUGGCUGAUGUUUUGGUCACUUUUGAAUGCUGGCGGUGCUUUCACUCUAGUGGUAGCAUGAGAUGGAUUCUACAACCCACACAAGUUGCUCAGGUAGUGCAGCUCAUCCAGGAUGGCACAUCAAUGCGAGCUGUGGCAAGAAGGUUUGCUGUGUCUGUCAGCGUAGUGUCCAGAGCAUGGAGGCGCUACCAGGAGACAGGCCAGUACAUCAGGAGACGUGGAGGAGGCCGUAGGAGGGCAACAACCCAGCAGCAGGACCGCUACCUCCGCCUUUGUGCAAGGAGGAGCAGGCAGAGCACUGCCAGAGCCCUGCAAAAUGACCUCCAGCAGGCCACAAAUGUGCAUGUGUCUGCUCAAAUGGUCAGAAACAGACUCCAUGAGGGUGGUAUGAGGGCCCGACGUCCACAGGUGGGGGUUGUGCUUACAGCCCAACACCGUGCAGGACGUUUGACAUUUUUUCAGAGAAUACCAAGAUUGGCAAAUUCGCCACUGGCUCUUCACAGAUGCUUUUCACAGAUGAAAGCAGGUUCACACUGAGCACGUGACAGAUGUGACAGAGUCUGGAGACGCUGUGGAGAACGUUCUGCUGCCUGCAACAUCCUCCAGCAUGACCGGUUUGGCGGUGGGUCAGUCAUGGUGUGGGGUGGCAUUUCUUUGGGGGGCCGCACAGCCCUCCAUGUGCUCGCCAGAGGUAGCCUGACUGCCAUUAGGUACCGAGAUGAGAUCCUCAGACCCCUUGUGAGACCAUAUGCUGGUGCGGUUGGCCCUGGGUUCCUCCUAAUGCAAGACAAUGCUAGACCUCAUGUGGCUGGAGUGUGUCAGCAGUUCCUGCAAGAGGAAGGCAUUGAUGCUAUGGACUGGCCCGCCCGUUCCCCAGACCUGAAUCCAAUUGAGCACAUCUGGGACAUCAUGUCUCGCUCCAUCCACCAACGCCACGUUGCACCACAGACUGUCCAGGAGUUGGCGGAUGCUUUAGUCCAGGUCUGGGAGGAGAUCCCUCAGGAGACCAUCCGCCACCACAUCAGGAGCAUGCCCAGGCAUUGUAGGGAGGUCAUACAGGCACGUGGAGGCCACACACACUACUGAGCCUCAUUUUGACUUGUUUUAAGGACAUUACAUCAAAGUUGGAUCAGCCUGUAGUGUGGUUUUCCACUUUAAUUUUGAGGGUGACUCCAAAUCCAGACCUCCAUGGGUUGAUACAUUUGAUUUCCAUUGAUGAUAAUUUUUGUGUGAUUUUGUUGUCAGCACAUUCAACUAUGUAAAGAAAAAAGUAUUUAAUAAGAUUAUUUCAUUCAUUCAGAUCUAGGAUGUGUUGUUUAAGUGUUCCCUUUAUUUUUUUGAGCAGUGUAUAAACACUAUGUAAAGUGUUGGUCCCAUGUUUCAUGGGCUGAAAUAAAAGAUCCCUGAAAUUUUCCAUAUGCACAAAAAGGUUUUUCUCUCAAAUGUUGUGCCCACAUUUGUUUACAUCCCUGUUAGUGAGUUUUUCCCUUUUGCCAAGAUAAUCCAUCCACAUGACAGGUGUGGCAUAUCGAGAAGCUGAUUAAACAUCAUUACACAGGUGCACCUUGUACCGGGGACAAUAAAAGGCCACUCUAAAAUGUGCAGUUUUGUCACACAACACCAUGCCACAGAUGUCUCAAGUUUUGAGGGAGCCAGCAAUUGGCAUGCUGACUGCAGGAAUGUCCACCAGAGCUGUUGCCAGAUAAUUUAAUGUUAAUUUCUCUACCAUAAACUGCCUCCAACGUCAUUUUAGAUGAUACCAUUCCAUUCACUCCAUUCCAUCAUUACAAUUCAUUCCAGACAUUUAUGAACUGGCCUCCCCUCCGCAGCCUCCACUGAUUUUGAGUGCACCAUACAGCAAUGCUGCAUUCAACCGAACCGGUGAUCCAUGCAGUGCAAAUAAAUGAAAAAUAUGUUUUGAGUUUAAAUGUUACAACAACCUAUAGCUACGUUUUUGUUAUUUGGAGUUAUUUAAAAAAUAUAUAUAUAUUAGGGUCAGAGCAUAUUAUGCACAUCUGCAAGCAUAGCAGCAAAGACUGGACAAAUAUUAUUUCUCUCCUUUUGUUUUAAUAUGUUAAAAUGCUAUAUACAGCAUCCUUUGUACAUACAGUACCAGUCAAAAGUUUGGACACCCCUACUCAUUGAAGAGUUUCUUUAUUUUUACUAUUUUCUACAUUGUAGAAUUAAUAGUGAAGACAAAACUAUGAAAUAACACAUAUGGAAUCAUGUAGUAACCAAAAAAGUGUUCAAAAAAUCAAAAUAUAGUUUAUUUGAGAUUCUUCAAAGUAACCAACCCUUUGCCUUGAUGACAGCUUUGCACACUCUUGGCAUUCUCUCAACCAGCUUCAUGGGGUAGUCACCUGGAAUGCAUUUCAAUUAACAGGUGUGCCUUGUUAAAAGUGAAUUUGUGGAAUUCCUUUCCUUAAUGCGUUUGAGCCAAUCAGUUGUGAUGUGACAAGGUAGGGGUGGUAUACGGAAGAUAGCCCUAUUUGGUAAAAGACCAAGUCUAUAUUAUGGCAAGAACAGCUCAAAUAAGCAAAGAGAAAAGACAGUCCAUCAUUACUUUAAGACAUGAAGGUCAGUCAAUCCGGAAAAUGUCAAGAACUUUGAAAGUUUAUUUUAAGUGCAUUGUAGAAUAAUUGUGAAAAACAAAUGAUAGUCCCACUAAGCCCAAACCAUUUGGGAUGACAUUUUGCUGCAGAAUGCUGUGGUAAAGUCUGCCUUGAAUUCUAAAUAUAUCACUGACAGUGUCAGCAGCAAAGCACCAUCACACCACCUCCUCCAUGCUUUACGAUGGGAACCACACGUGGAGAUCAUCCGUUCACCUACUCUGCGUCUCACAAAGACACGGCGGUUGGAACCAAAAAUCUCAAAUUUGGACUCAUCAGAUCAAAGCACAGAUUUCCACCGGUCUAAUGUCCAUUACUCGUGUUUCUUGGCCCAAGCAAGUCUCUUCUUCUUAUUGUUGUCCUUUAGUAGUGGUUUCUUUGCAGCAAUUCGACCAUGAAGGCCUGAUUCACACAGUCCCAUCUGAACAGUUGAUGUUGAGAUGUGUCAGUUACUUGAACUCUGUGAAGCAUUUAUUUGGUCUGCGAUAAGAGGUGCAGUUAACUCUAAUGAACUUAUCCUCUACAGCAGAGGUAACUCUGUGUCUUCCUUUCCUGUGGCGGUCAGGAGAGCCCGUUUCAUCAUAGUGCUUGAUGGUUUUUGCUACUGAAAGUUCUUGAAAUUGUACGUAUUGAUUGACCUUCAAGUAAUGAUGGACUGUCGUUUCUCUUUGCUUAUUUGAGCUGUUCUUGCCAUAAUAUGGACUUGGUAUUUUACCAAAUAGGGCUAUCUUCUGGAUAUCACCCCUACCUUGUCACAACACAACUGAUUGGCUCAAAUGCAUCAAGAAGGAAAGAAAUUCCACAAAUUAACUUUUAACACUUUUUUGGGUUACUACAUGAUUCCAUAUGUGUUAUUUCAAUGUUUUGAUGUCUUCACUAUUAUUCUACAAUGUACAAAAUAGUAUUAAUAAAGAAAGAUCCUGGAAUGAGUAGGUUUGUCCAAACUGGGACUAUAAAUUGGGAUUAUAAAGGGUCAUAUUUUUUUCUAAUAAAACAAUUGCCAGUUUAGGUUGUAGUUGCAUUCUUUGUGCUUUUUCUAUAUGGCCUGUGCGCUGAUUGUUUGACACCCAUGGGCUAGCAUAUCUAUUUAUGUUAUUAGCUAUUUAUUUAGAAAGCUAGAAACACAGAGCCUAAUGUUAGCUAGCUCGAUAGUUAUCUGCUAGGAGGAUGUCAUUGGAGGAGUGGGUGAGUGACUGACUUUUUCCCCUCAUAUCAUUUUUCGGUGGCCACAGCUAGAGAUGCAGUUGUCAUUUGGUUAGCUAGCAAGAAAUGUGAAUCGCUUUGCUAGCUAGCUAUCUAGCUAUGCUGAACUUGAACGACUGUUAUCCACAGUUAGCAUAUCUCUUAGUUGUCAAUCAAAUGUAUUUGGCAUCGAUCAAAUGGGCGGGCAGGCAAGCAAGUUCCAGAAGGCUCUUCCUUCCUGCAGAAGGAAGAGCAGGCUACUAUUCCCCAUCGUUUAUCAGUGCAAUUUUGCCGGCAAACUAGCUGAAAAAGUUUUAGAGGGUUUAUCUAAUGUUCACUCGUUAGAUUUUAGCUAAUCUCACUCUGGCUAGCAUUAGUUGUUUUAUAUUUUUGUUUUUACUAUGCAUAGACAACUGAGGGAGAGAGAGCCUACCUUUUCAUGGUUGUUUGAUCAAUAGGACUGUGAAGUUCCCAAAUGUAAGAGGACUACUGUGGUAUUUGCAGAAAUCCAUUCAGGUGUAUUUUGGUUUUUGGCGAACGCGUUCUAUUGAUCUAAAGUCGCGCUGUUACUACUGCCUGUAAACACACAGUCCAGUUCAAAGUGAAUGAUGGCAGGCCUGUGUGGCAAAUGGGUUAUUUUCAAAUAGGCCUACUGUAGCACUGAUUGGCUAUGGCGCACCGGUCUGCAUAGACUCCGGUCCUGGACAAGAUAAUGGUUUUAUUUGGUUUUAUUUACUGUCUAUUAAUUGUCCAAAUGCACAGCCGUUUUCCUGCUUUAUAUUGCUAUAGAAUUUUCACAUGCCUUACUAUACAUCAUUCUCAAACUUUAUAUGAAAUAAUAAAAACAUGAAAAUGACCAUAUAUCUAAGUGCUCGCUUGUCAGAUAAUGUAAAAAAAAAAAAUCUUCCUGAAGGUAAAUAUGAACAGAUUUUAAUAAGAUGUUGCUAGAACGCUGUCAGUUCCACUUUUAAUGGAAACAUGCAACAAUAGCAGGCCUAUCGUCUUACAGUCUAAAGGCUAUAGCACAUUAUUGAAAAUGCAAUCUCCUGUAAUAAAGCAGCUGUUGUUGCACAAGGGGCUGGGCUUAUAACAUGUUUCACUCCAGUACCAUCUUUUUGAGGAGGUGCUCUCGUGCUCUGACCGGUGAUAGGCUAUUCCGCUCCUCAAACUAGGCGCUCUGUAUGUUGUGCGCAUGUGAUAAAUAAGAUACAUGACAACUAACGAAAAUACACAAGCGCCAAUUGAAUUCCUCUAAAUUAUGCAAAUGACCUAUAGACCGAUAGGCAUGACUGGUCAAAUGUAUUUUCGUAUUUAAUUGUUAACCGUUAACAUCCCUAGUACCAAUAACCCACCCCAUCUCCAGGUAGGACUCAAUCCAAUACUCAAGUAUUUGAAAGUUGAAUCCACUGAAAUUGAUUUUUUGUCCAUUUGGCAGGCAGAAGCAUGAGAAGGGCUACACCGUGUGUGGACUGGCUUGGCAUCCUUCGGGCGGUCAAAUAGCCUACACCGACACAGAGGGCUGUCUGGGCGUGCUGGAUGGGCUCUCCUCUUCUUCAAUGUCUUCCUCCACUACCGCUGCAAAGAGCACCAAGGUGAGUCUCUGGUCUUACAUGGAGGCUUCUUUAUCCCACCCAAAUGUGCCCCUGCUAACUAACUUCUAACCAAUAUUGGGAUCGGUACACUUAAUACUGUGUGUUUUAUUUAUAUAAUAUAUAUAAUAAUAAUAAUAAUAUGCCAUUUAGCAGACGCUUUUAUCCAAAGCGACUUACAGUCAUGCGUGCAUAAUUUUUUUGUGUAUGGGUGGUCCCGGGGAUCGAACCCACUACCUUGGCGUUACAAGCGCCGUGCUCUACCAGCUGAGCUACAGAGGACCACAUUUAGCAGAAUUGACCCCAAACAUGGUCUUCUUGGACCAUUUCAUGUUGUGCUCGAUCUGCUUAGUCUACAGAGCUAUGUCAAUGUUGAUGAUAUUAGUAUUUGCCAUGUUUCUUUGUUUCGUUCACCUCUAUUUUAAAGAGAUCUUGAGGUCUAUUCCACAGUUCUAUGUUAUUUUAAAACCAGGAUUGAACCAGGUUAGUGUUAUUGAGAACAGGUUGUCUUUCCCAAUGACAUGCUGACUUUGGGAGUGAUCUUUAUUCUACUCUAGCAGGCUCCAGCCAGCUACGACAAUCUUUUCGACGACGAUGACGACAACGGACCCAUGGACGAGGGUGUCAGCGAGGGCGCCCGUUCACCCGCCAAUAACCCUGAGGACGAUGACGACGACCUCAUGCCUGCCACGGGGCGAGCACGGAACAGGAGUGCCUUCCUCGACGACGAGAACUCACUAGGUGAGAAAGCGAUGUUCAUUGUUUUAGUUUUUUUUACGUCGAAUAGUACGACUGUCUGCACUGAUAGUUCAUUAUGCGACACCACAACGCAUUACGGUGAAGUAGUUUUGAGACAACAACGGACGUGUGAACUUGGCACUCUUCAAAACAAACCAUCCCCAGAUAGGGAAAGUUAUCCAAGUUGUCGAAAUAUUGAUUGAUGUACAGUGUUACAUAGUAUGAUAAUGUUCCAGAGGAAAAAUAGACAAUGACGGCUUGUCUCCUGGUACUAGUUUCUCUAGCCGUACCUGUCAUUUCAUCAUGGGUCUUGGAAUGAAUAGAAAAAAGUAAUUGUCUACAGAACGUAGGAAUUUGAUUUCACAUAGCUGAUCAAAGUAUCAUAGCUAAUCAUAACUGGCUCGUCUUCUAUAACAGCAAUUAUUUGAGCUUUUCAUUUAGAUAAAACCAAACACUGCAAUAAACCAUGCAUGGCUAAAGUAUUUCAUUCAUUAAAUACAGACACUUAUUCUCUUCAGAUAUGUAGCCCUUUCCUUAGACUUUCUAACUCUGUCUUGCAAGUGGUUUGCCUCUUCCAUCAACUCCCAACUGGUGUGCUAAUUCCAGCGCAGUGGAAGUGUCGACCCACUGUUCGCCAGUCUUGGAAUACCUGAUGGUCAAAUGCCGACCCUUCUACCUCCCGAGAGAGUUUUCAGCUGUUAUCGUGACUGCUGUAUACAUUCCAACUUAGGACAAUAAAAAUAACAAGCUGGCUCUUAACGAACUAUACAAGGCUAUAAACAAGCAGGAAACCCUACACCCAGAGGCUGCCUUUCACUAAGACACGUGAUGCCCAACUUCCAUCAACACGUCUCCAACGCCACUAGGGGUAAUAAAGUCCUAGAUCACUUCUAGUCUACCCACAAGCAAGCAUACAAUGACCUCCCUCGUCCGCCAUUUGGCAAAUCAGAUCAUGACUCCGUACUCUUGCUUCCUGUUUACAAGCAGAAGCUGAAACAGGAAGUACCCGCAAUUCGCUCCGUUAAGAAAUGGUCACCAGAAUCAGAGGGUAUGCUACAGGACUGCUCUGCUAGCGCUGACUGGAAUAUGUUUAGAGACUCCGCCGAUAACAUCGACGAGCUAACUACUUCCGUCACCCCAGGUGGUGAGGGUAGUCAACGUCACCUCCACCAUGCUGACCCUUAACACAGGGGUCCCACAGGGGUGCGUGCUUAGUACCCUCCUGUACUCCCUGUUCACCCUCGACUGUGUGGCCACGCACGACUCCAACACCAUUAUCAAGUUCGCUGAUGACACGAUGGUGGUAAGCCUGUUCACCUGCGAGGAUGAGUCAGCCUACAGGGAAGAGGUCAGUGACAUGGCAGUGUGGUGCCGGAGCAACAACCUCUCCCUCAACGUCAGCAAGACCAAGGAGCUGAUCGUGGACUACAGGAAAGUCGACGUGGGCGGCAGUGGAGCAGGUAGACAGCUUCCAGUUCCUCGGUGUCCAAAUCAAGAAAGACUUAAAAUUGUCCAAACGCACAGUCGUGAUGAAGGCGUGACCGCGCCUCUUCCCCCUCAGGAGGUUGAAAAAGUUUGGCAUGGGCCCUCAAAUCCUGAAAAGGUUCUACAGCUGUACCAUUGAGAGCACAUUGACUGGCUGCAUCACUGCUUGGCAUGGCAAUAGCACCACCCUCAAUCGCAUGGCGCUACAGAGGGUUGUGCAGACAGCCCAGUAAAUCACUGGUGCCGAGCUCCCUACCAUCCAGGACAUCUAUAUCAGGCGGUUUGAAAAGAAGGCCCGCACGGCAAGAGAUACCAGUGCAUCAAGUCUGACACCAACAGGCUGUUGAACAGCUUCUAUCCCCAAGCAAUAUGACUGAUGACUAUCUUUACACUCACAGGGCCCUACACACUCACACACUGUCAAUCCAACACGCACUCAAAUACUCACUCCAUUUGCGCACUCACAUAAUAUGCACAUACAUUUAUACCUACAUAUCUACAAACCCGCACACCCACUCACAUACAAGCUGCUGCUACUCUGUUUAUUUUAUAUCAUUUUGCCUAGUCCCCUUACCCCUAUACAUACAGCGAGGGAAAAAAGUAUUUGAUCCCCUGCUGAUUUUGUACGUUUGCCCACUGACAAAGACAUGAUCUGUCUAUAAUUUGAAUGGUAGGUUUAUUUGAACAGUGAGAGACAGAAUAACAACAACAAAAAAUCCAGAAAAAAAGCAUGUCAAAAAUUUUAUAAAUUGAUUUACAUUUUAAUGAGGGAAAUAAAUAUUUGACCCCUCUGCAAAACAUGAUUUAGUACUUGGUGGCAAAACCCUUGUUGGCAAUCACGGAGGUCAGAUGUUUCUUGUAGUUGGCCACCGGGUUUGCACACAUCUCAGGAGGGAUUUUGUCCCACUCCUCUUUGCAGAUCUUGUCCAAGUCAUUAAGGUUUCGAGGCUGACGUUUGGCAACUCGAACCUUCAGCUCCCUCCACAGAUUUUCUAUGGGAUUAAGGUCUGGAGACUGGCUAGGGCCACUCCAGGACCUUAAUGUGCUUCUUCCUGAGCCACUCCUUUAUUGUCUUGGCCGUGUGUUUUGGGUCAUUGUCAUGCUGGAAUACCCAUCCACGACCCAAUUUUCAAUGCCCUGGCUGAGGGAAUGAGGUUCUCACCCAAGAUUUGACGGUACAUGGCCCCGUCCAUCGUCCCUUUGAUGCUGUGAAGUUGUCCUGUCCCCUUAGCAGAAAAACACCCCCAAAGCAUAAUGUUUCCACCUCCAUGUUUGACGGUGGGGAUGGUGUUCUUGGGGUAAUAGGCAGCAUUCCUCCUCCAAACACGGCGAGUUGAGUUAAUGCCAAAGAGCUCGAUUUUGGUCUCAUCUGACCACAACACUUUCACCCAGUUCUCCUCUGACUCAUUCAGAUGUUCAUUGGCAAACUUCAGACGGGCCUAUUUAUGUGCUUUCUUGAGCAGGGGGACCUUGCGGGCGCUGCAGGAUUUCAGUCCUUCACGGCGUAGUGUGUUACCAAUUGUUUUCUUGGUGACUAUGGUCCCAGCUGCCUUCUCAUGAUCAUUGCAACUCCACGAGGUGAGAUCUUGCAUGGAGCCCCAGGCCGAGGGAGAUUGACAGUUCUUUUGUGUUUCUUCCAUUUGCGAAUAAUCGCACCAACUGUUGUCACCUUCUCACCAAGCUGCUUGGCGAUGAUCUUGUAGCCCAUUCCAGCCUUGUGUAGGUCUACAAUCUUGUCCCUGACAUCCUUGGAGAGCACUUUGGUCUUGGCCAUGGUGGAGAGUUUGGAAUCUGAUUGAUUGAUUGCUUCUGUGGACAGGUGUCUUUUAUACAGGUAACAAGCUGAGAUUAGGAGCACUCUCUUUAAGAGUGUGCUCCUAAUCUCAGCUCGUUACCUGUAUAAAAGACACCUGGGAACCAGAAAUCUUUCUGGUUGAGAGGGGUUCAAAUACUUAUUUCCCUCAUUAAAAUGCAAAUCAAUUUAUAGCAUUUUUGACAUGUGUUUUUCUGGAUUUUUUGUUGUUAUUCUUUCUCUCACUGUUCAAAUAAACCUACCAUUAAAAUUAUAGACUGAUCAUUUCUUGACAAUGGGCAAACGUACAAAAUCAGCAGGGGAUCAAAUACUUUUUUCCCUCACUGUAUCUACCUCAUAACUUCAGUAUCCCUGCACAUGUAAAUAUGGUAUUGUAACUGAAUUUUUCAAUAUUUCCUGUAUAUAGUAUGCUUACUUACUUGUAUUUCAUAUUUCUUAUUCAAAUCAAAUCAAAUUUGAUUGGCCACAUGUGCCGAAUACAACAGGUGCAGACAUUACAGUGAAAUGCUUACUUACAGCCCUUAACCAACAGCGCAUUUAUUUUUAAUUAAAAAAAGUAGAAUAAAACAACAAAAAAAGUGUUGAGGAAAAAAAUAGCAGAAGUAAAAUAAAAUAACAGUAGGGAAGCUAUAUAUACAGGGGGGUACCGGUGCAGAGUCAAUGUGCGGGGGCACCGGCUAGUUGAGGUAGUUGAAGUAAUAUGUACAUGUGGGUAGAGUUAAAGUGACUAUGCAUAAAUAAUUAACAGAGUAGCAGCAGCGUAAAAAGAUGGGUUGGGGGGGCAGUGCAAAUAGUCUGGGUAGCCAUGAUUAGCUAUUCAGGAGUCUUAUGGCUUGGGGGUAGAAGCUGUUGAGAAGUCUUUUGGACCUAGACUUGGCACUCCGGUACCGCUUGCCGUGCGGUAGCAGAGAGAACAGUCUAUGACUAGGGGGCUGGAGUCUUUGACAAUUUUCAGGGCCUUCCUCUGACACCGCCUGGUAUAGAGGUCCUGGAUGGCAGGAAGCUUGGCCCCAGUGAUGUACUGGGCUGUACACACUACCCUCCAUAGUGCCUUGCGGUCGGAGGCCAAGCAGUUGCCAUACCAGGCGGUGAUGCAACCAGUCAGGAUGCUCUCGAUGGUGCAGCUGUAUAAUUUUUUGAGGACCCAUGCCGAAUCUUUUCAGUCUCCUGAGGGGGAAUAGGCUUUGUUGUGCCCUCUUCACGACUGUCUUGGUUUGUUUGGACCAUGAUAGUUCGUUGGUGAUGUGGACACCAAGGAACUUGAAGCUCUCAACCUGUUCCACUACAGCCCCGUCGAUGAUCACGCCCCCAUUCUCAGUCCUCUUUUUUUUCCUGUAGUCCACAAUCAUCUCCUUUGUCUUGGUCACGUUGAGGAAGAGGUUGUUAUCCUGGCACCACACGGCCAGGUCUCUGACCUCUUCCCUAUAGGCUGUCUCAUCGUUGUCGGUGAUCAGGCCUACCACUGUUGUGUCGUCGGCAAACUUAAUGAUAGUGUUAGAGUCGUGCCUGGCCAUGCAGUCAUGGGUGAACAGGGAGUACAGGAGGGGACUGAGCACGCACCCCUGAGGGGCCCCCGUGUUGAGGAUCAGUGAGGCAGAUGUGUUGUUACCUACCCUUACCACCUGGGGGCGGCCCGUCAGGAAGUCCAGGAUCCAGUUGCAGAGGGAGGUGUUGCAUCAUUGCAUCAUCUGUGGAUCUGUUGGGCCGGUAUGCAAAUUGGAGUGGGUCUAGGGUUUCUGGGAUAAUGUGAGCCAUGACCAGCCUUUCAAAGCAUUUCAUGGCUACAGACGUCAGUGCUACGGGUCGGUAGUCAUUUAGGCAGGUUAUCUUAUCGUCCUCGGGCACAGGGACUAUGGUGGUCUGCUUGAAACAUGUUGGUAUUACAGACUCAGUCAGGGACAUGUUGAAAAUGUCAGUGAAGACACUUGCCAGUUGGUCAGCACAUGCUCGGAGUACACGUCCUGGUAAUCCGUCUGGCCCUGCGGCCUUGUGAAUGUUGACCUGCUUAAAAGUCUUACUCACAUCGGCUACGGAGAGCGUGAUCACAUAUUCAUCCGGAACAGCUGGUGCUCUCGUGCAUACUUCAGUGUUGCUUGCCUCGAAGCGAGCAUAGAAGUGGUUUAGCUCGUCUGGAAGUCUUGUGUCACUGGGCAGCUCGCGGCUGUGCUUCCCUUUGUAGUCUGUAAUAGUUUUCAAGCCCUGCCACAUCCGACGUGCGUCAGAGCCGGUGUAGUACGAUUCAGUCUUAGUCCUGUAUUGACUCUUUGCCUGUUUGAUGGUUCGUUGGAGGGCAUAGCGGGAUUUCUUAUAAGCGUCCGGGUUAGAGUCCCGCUCCUUGAAAGCGGCAGCUCUACACUUUCGCUCAGUGCGGAUAUUUCCUGUAAUCCAUGGCUUCUGGUUGGGGUAUGUACGUACGGUCACUUUGGGGACGACAUCAUCGAUGCACUUAUUGAUGAAGCCAGUGACUGAUGUGGUGUACUCCUCAAUGCUAUCUGAAGAAUCCCGGAACAUGUUCCAGUCUGUGCUAGCAAAACAGUCCUGUAGCUUAGCAUCUGCGUCAUCUGACCACUUUUUUAUUAACCGAGUCACUGGUGCUUCCUGCUUUAGUUUUUGCUUAUAAGCAGGAAUCAGGAGGAUAGAGUUAUGGUCAGAUUUGCCAAAUGGAGGGCGAGGGAGAGCUUUGUAUGCAUCUCUGUGUGUGGAGUAAAGGUGGUCUAUAGUUUUUUUCCCUCUGGUUGCACAUUUAACAUGCUGGUAGAAAUUAGGUAGAACGGAUUUAAGUUUCCCUGCAUUAAAGUCCCUGGCCACUAGGAGCGCUGCCUCUGGAUGAGCGUUUUCCUGUUGACUUAUGGCCUUAUACAGCUCAUUCAGUGCAAUCUUAAUGCCAGCAUUGGUUUGUGGUGGUAAAUAGACAGCUAUGAAAAAUAUAGAUGAAAACUCUCUUGGUAAAUAGUGUGGGCUACAGCUUAUCAUAAGAUACUCUACCUCAGGCGAGCAAAACCUCGAGACUUCCUUAGUAUUUGAUUUUGUGCACCAGCUGUUGUUUACAAAUAUACACCGCCACCCCUUGUCUUACCGGAGUCAGACGUUCUAUCCUGCCGAUGUAGCGUAUAGCCCGCUAGCUGUAUGUUAUCCUUGUCGUCGUUCAGCCACGACUCGGUGAAACAUAAGAUAUUACAGUUUUUAAUGUCCCGUUGGUAGGAUAACCGUAAUCUUAGGUCAUCCAAUUUAUUCUCCAAUGAUUGAAGAUUGGCUAAUAGGAUUGAUGGGAGCGGCAGUUUACUCACUCGCCGUCGGAAUCCUUACAAGGCACCCCGACCUACGUCCACGAUAUCUCAGUCUCUUCCUCAUGCGAAUGACAGGGAUUUGGGCCUUGUCGGGUGUCUGUAGGAUAUCCUUCGCGGCCGCCUCGUUGAAGAAAAUAUCUUCGUCCAAUACGAGGUGAGUAAUCGCUGUCCUGAUAUCCAGAAGCUCUUUUUGGUUAUAAGAGACGAUGGCAGAAACAUUAUGUACAAAAUAAAUUACAAAUAACGCGGAAAAACACACACAAUAGUACAAUUGGUUAGUGGGCUGUAAAACGGCAGCCAUCUUCUCCGGCGCCACUUAUGACUAUUCUUAUUUAUCAUGUGUUUUUUUCUAGUAAUACAUUGUUAUUGAUUAUUGCAUUGUUGGGUUUUGCGUUUGCAAGAAAGGCAUUUCACUGACAUUGAAACAAUCCCAUGAGGGCUUUGCCAUAUAAUUUAAAGAUGGAGUCCGCAUUAGGGGAAAUGGUGCCACUGUUCGCCCCCAGCCCUUUUGUAAUUGUUUUGUUGAUGAAACUGAGGUGAGCAGCGGGGUCAAAAAAAUUGCAGUGCAUAUUCUGCUGUUCUAUUGCAGUGCAAUGAUGUCUUAGGGGGAAAGAAACCAUGUUUGUUUGUAUUAACUUAUUUUUUUGUUGUAAUUUCCCAAAAGGACGUGGCAGUUUCACCAUUAAGGAUUCCAGCUUUAAUUGUGGGAAAGUCACUGAGAAACAAUACAUCCCAUCAAUUGUACCAAAGUAGUCUUGUAUCUUAUUAACAAGUACAUAAUUGCUCUUUCCUUGUCAUCCUAAUUCAAGACUGGGAUCACUUAAACAUCUGCGCAUCACUGAGCUGUAUUGCAUGUGUUCCCAUUUCCCACAGACACAGGCUCGCUCAAACCAGGGCUGGAGAAAUUUGGUGACGAUGACGACGCGGGCAGCGCCAUAGUGCCCCCCGCUGGCUCGGCUGCUCCCCUCCGGCCCGUCUACGAGGGGCCCAUGCCCACCCCACCACAGAAGGCCUUCCAGCCAGGCUCCACCCCGGCACACCUCAUGCAUCGUUUCAUGGUGAGACCCAGCCACACAUCUCAGGCUUUACUCUUGCCUGAAAGGUUUAUAUUAAUGAUGUUCCAGUUUGGCUUAUUUUUUUUUAAAGUUGAUGGUUCUGUAUAAAUAUAGAACAUAACGAGUUGUUUCAUGAAUUGUCUAGAGAUGUACUUAAAUGCCGUAAGCCCUAUUAAAGGGACAUUGCAAUCCAAUAAUCGACUUGUUUGUCGGAUGGUUUCAGACCUCGAAAGUAGUCAAAGUGAGUUUAUCCGCAAAGCCGCCUAACCCAGAGAUAAUGUAUUCUGUACUCCUUCUGUCAGAUGUGGAACUCGGUGGGAAUCGUGCGUGGCUACAAUGACGACCAGGACAACGCCAUCGACGUGGAGUUCCACGACACAGCCGUGCACCAUGCCAUGCACCUCACCAACUCCCUGGGCCACACCGUGGCAGACCUCUCCCAGGAGGCCGUGCUGCUCGCCUGUCCCGGCACUGACGAGCUCGCCAGGUAGACCACAUAUCUUAAGGCCGCUAUACACUUCACGCAAAUGCUGUGACGGAGCAUCUUUUUCACACGUAGUUAUACGUACUUUUGUGAGGCUCACAUUUUGGAAGGGACUGUAUAAGACGCUUUGUUUGCGUGAAGUUUUUAGCGGCCUUAACUGGGACAUUUAGAUAUUAGCUAUUCGUGUUUCUGGGGAUAUCUUUCCCACAUGAGGUUUGCCUGAGUUUUAUUAGCCAAACUGGUUCUCGACCAACUUUGUGCAUCUUGAAGGAUUAAAUAAGGGAAAUCAAUUUCGAUAUUCCCCUAGUCUCUCGUGACAGACCGUGAAAACUCUGGGUUCUGAGAUUAGUGUCCCCCCCACCAUUGCUUCUGUGGAGCUUUAUGUCCCCCCUCCCCCCCUCCCUAUUGGCACCACAAUCUAGCGAAGAACACUGAAAUUGAUUACCCAUUUUUUCAAACGGAACCCAAGCCGCUUCACUGAAUCUCUCUCUCCCUCUCCUGUUCUCCCCCUCCACAGUAAGCUCCAGUGCCUCCACUUCUCGUCGUGGGACACCAACAAGGAGUGGAUGGUGGAUCUGCCCAAGGGGGAGGACGUGCGGGCCCUAUGCCUGGGCCAGGGCUGGGCGGCGGCCGCCACCAGCACCCUCAUGCUGCGUCUCUUCUCCAUCGGAGGGGUGCAGAGGGAGCUGUUCAGCCUGCCCGGACCCGUGGUCUGCAUGGCUGGGCACGGGGAGCAACUGCUCAUCGUCUACCACCGAGGUAGGACGUGUGUGUGUGUGUGUGUGUGCGCUGUCACACACAGACGGACCAACACACAUACUAAUGCACACACACAGAGAAAACAAGCAUCAGAUGCUAAACAGAGUCAAAAUCCUCUUAGAGGUGUGAUGAUGGGUAAUGUAGUUCUGACACGGGGAUGAUGGGUGAUGUAGUUCUGACACAGGGAUGAUGGGUAAUAUAGUUCUGACACGGGGAUGAUGGGUGAUGUAGUUCUGACACGGGGAUGGUGGGUGAUGUAGUUCUGACACGGGGAUGAUGGGUGAUGUAGCUCGACUUCUGAGAGGGCAUAUCUAAUCGCUAUUGUGUUUGUCCAUCCUCAGGCACAGGGUUUGACGGAGAACAGGCCCUUGGGGUCCAGCUGCUGCAGUUUGGACACAAGAGACAGCAGGUCAUCCACGGGGAGUCCCUCCCCCUCUCCCCCAAAUCCCACCUAUCAUGGUUGGGCUUCACAGCCGAGGGUGAGUCAGGCCACGCCUCCUCUCAAACGCUGGCUGCUCUCAAAAAGAGAUUGUAGAAUGAAGUUGACUCUGUACACUGACCUAUGAUCAGUUUGGCGUUUUCCACACUGAUGGUUAAGGUAAUCUACACAUUUUCCUUCCUGAGAAAAUUGCAACCAUCCCGGUAAUAUUCCGGUAUUCCUGUUCAAAUCAGAAAUGCUAUUUAAAAGCAUAUAGUACCAGCAAAAAAAAUCUGACAUAAUUUUACCACUGUAAAUGGAGAAAUAUGGACAGGAAUCUGGUUAGUUUUUUUGUUGUAUUUGUCACAAUUUUAUCAGCUCAAAGUUCUGUCAAAGUCAACACACAAUUUGUUGAUGUAGCCUAGUUUUAAAUGUAGACCUAAAAUAUGAUGAUAUUAGCCUACAGCCUAGUGAAAAAUACAUUUGUUAUAUCUUACCUUUGGCUGAAAGAAGUCAGCCAGCUUGUUGGCCCUUUUUCUCUCCCCUUGCAUUUGGCUACCGUUGAGAUUUGGUUGUGGCUGUUUUUUUACUUUACCGCUUAUUGUGGUGACUUUGUCACAGGGAUCAUAUCCGAUUCUCCGCUAAACAAACCGACAAGCAAAUAGGCCUAGUAGUGGAGAUUCAGCACCAUGGAUAGCACCGCGGUUGAUCAAAUCCCUGGGAAUCUGACGAGUCAAGCAUGUGCACUCGCUUUUUUUCAGUGUAACAUCAUGGGACAAUGUUGCAAAUGUCUAUUUCCUCAAGCGUGUUUGUAGACGCAAUGUACCAGCCGUUUUGUUAACAGCGAGUAGCUGCCGUUUAUAUUUUGAGCCUCCACAAAGAUAGUUUGGAGAUGUGUGAAUGUGACAUGGAGAUUGCCUUCAGUAACUGAGUCGAGAGGCCACGUGUAGCCUACGUGAUAGUCAGCAAUGCAGUUUUAUAGAAGUCAUGCAAGUAAGUGAUGUUUUCUAUUGGGGACUUUACGUUGAGUAAGCUAAAUGUGGUAGGCUUCUGGCGUUGUUAUGACUGGUCUAAUGUGGGCUAUGAUUGAAGCCAGAGAGUUGAUAUGUCCGGGUAAUGCAUGCAGCUAUUCACACGUGUAUGUUUUGUAUUUUUUGCGUUAGUGCUGCAGAACAUUUAUAUAAUUGGUCCAUGGGGAUGAGUCAUUAUUUUCCUCGGGAAACGGGAAGGAGCUUGUUUGGGAAGUCCCGGGAUACAGGUCACCGGUAUUAAACCCUUGUAAGGAUCUGGGGCGGGCAGGCUGAUCCUAGAUCUGUCAGCAACUUCCACCAGCCAGGGUCCUGUUAAAAAAAAAAACAGGUAAGGUUUUGAAACAGAAAACAAAAGGAUUGUUGUUAUUGUACAAGGGCAGACGAGACUUUGAAACCGAGGUGGUACUACCUCAACUUCCUUUCCUUGCACAUCUACUGAACAUAACCCUGUUAGAAGUUGCCCGUAGGCACAGAUAGGGCUGUGGCAGGUCAUGACAUUUUUGUCAGCCAGUUAUUAUCAUGUAAAAGACUGCCACGGUAAUUGACUGUUAAAUAACCUAAACACGUUUAGUAUCUCCAGGCCUCCACGCGUACAAGCCGCUGAUGCGCGCCUUUGCAACAUCUACAUUUAAAAAAGUCUAAUAAAUCAAUUGAAUAGACACCAUCACAAUAAAUCCAUUAUAUAUUUUAGUGAGGUCUAUAUGAAGAAAAUGUAUUUCAGAAGAACAGAAUUUGAGUUGGCCUACUGUAUGUUAUCUGGCUAUGCUCCAUGUCAUUGGCUGUAGGCUUGUUCAUUUAGCUGACAAGAUAUGCUUAUAAGUCCCAUGCCAAUUUAUAUUAUGAUUUUAUAGUAGGAAGAAUAUAAUUGAACUUAGCUGAAGAAAAUGGAAAGGAUCUUUUUCCCAUUCCGGAGCGAGUGGUCAUAUGAAGUGGCUAUGUUGAGCGUAAAAGUGAUCAUUUGAAACAGGUCCUGUAUGCUAGAUUUAGAUUUAUUUGGCAACUUUAGUUGUGAAUGAUACAAAUCUUAGAAUGUCUUAGAAAUCAAAACAUACAUGGCUAUAGGCUAUUGAUGAUUUGAGAAAGUAGCAAAGAAAUGCUUGCGCUCUGUUCCUUGCCUCAACUGCACAGCUGUUCUCUCAUCAAGUGAUCAUAUUUUCACCCAUCAGAAUAUUCUCAAUUUCAUAUUGUCUUUACUAAUAUGUGAAAUAGUUUUGAUUUAGAAUGGCCCAUUAUCAAAUGGGCAGGAACGGGGGCAGGGGGAAAAAGACGUCAUCUGUAUGCACUGGAAUACCGAAUGGAGGCCGCUCGCAUUCCCACCAGUCUGUUUUUCAAUGAUGAUGAUGGGUAGGAUACAAUUUAUGAGCAGCUGAGAAAUAAAUAUAAGAACACUUAUUUCACUCCACACAUCAACCACUGUUUGAGGAGCGUGCUCUCGCUGCGCGACGAUGACGUUCCGUCCAACCUCUGUAUGCCAUGGGCUCUCCAACCCUGUUCCUACAGCUACCCAGUGCUUCAUUUGGGAAACCAACUGAAAUCUGUUCCGGAACAUCGAUAAUAACGUUUUCGCAACGAAACAUAUUUCAUUAAACUGUUGACAGCCCUUCUGCGCGCUCGAGAAAGGAAUAAAGGAGAGAGAGGAGGAGAUGGAAAUGCAUGGUGGUGGAUAUUCUGUAUAGCUGAAGGUAAUGUCACCCAAUUAAUUAAGAAAAUAUAAAAAAUGCCCGAUUUUACUAGACUAUUCAAAAUCACCCUGCACAAUCAAUGAACCAGCAGCAUCGCCUAGGGCUAUACAUUCUCUCCCAGACUCAUGGAUAUACAUUUUGGAGCGUAGCAUAAGGUAACCAGUCCAUCCAGUAUGCAUAAUAAUACAGUCCACACUCAAAGGCUAGACCAAUUAUGUAUCAAAGACAUCUUAAAUCAGUUUUGUUUUAUGUUUUUCUGCCAUGCAUAAUAUGCGGUAGGCUAUGUGUUGUAUAACAGCUCAAUCAUCAUUUUAAUUCAGGUAAUGUUUUUGGGCUUGGGUUUAUAAGCCUAUGUGUAUGCAUAAUGUAAGCUCUAAUAUGCAUAUGGUGGUUUUGAAUUAAUCGUCACCUUAGAAAGUGCUGUCCAUUUCGUUGUGUUAGGCUUUGAAACGACAUCUACAAUGACCAUGUUUUACACUCCGUUUCAACAUGCUGUUGAACUUCUUUCUUCAAAUUGAUCAUCAUAGUGAGGUGAGUUUUAAAAGCAGGAUACUGUUUUGAUGAUAAGUGUUUGAUGUGAUUUUCGAUACAUUUGCAUUGGUAUCAGAGUGGUUAGAGGGACAAUAGAGCCCUGAGUACCAGGCCAUUAGGACCUGAUGGUCAUUAGCAUGUUGGGUAUAGUAAGCAUGUCCAGAGUGCAUAAGAGGAGAUUACCGUGACUCAACGGUCACGUGGAAUUAUACUGCAGUCAUGGCUGCCGGUGUGGCGGUAAUACGAUCACCGCAACAGCCCUAGGCACUGAUCUAGGAUCAGCCUGCUCUCCCCAGAUCCUUACCUUAACCAUCAGUGGGGAAAACACCAAACUGAUCAGUGUACAGAGCCAACAAUCACUUGCACAUCACUUAUUCCAAAUCAGUACUCUAGUCUCAUCAGGUUUCAACCACUGGUUGAUUUCCAGGCACCCCAUGCUUCAUCGACUCUGAGGGCGUGGUGCGCCUGCUAAACCGCUCCCUGGGAAACACAUGGACGCCUGUGUGUAACACCAGGGACAACUGCAAGGGCAAGUCAGACCACUACUGGGUGGUGGGAGUGCACGAGAACCCCCAGCAGCUCAGGUAAAACUCUCUUCCCUCUGUCAUCCUUCUCUUCUUGUUCUUCAUCUGUCAUUCCUUUUUCCUUCUCUCUCUCUUUCUUCGUUCCGUGUUUUCCUAUUCAGGUUUAUUCAAAUUUGUCUGAGAUACCAGUAGUUACAGAUGAGAUCAAGUCUCCUUUUUUCUUGUCCAGCUCUCAUCCAUAGAAUAGGGCUAUUCAACUAUUGGCCCUCGUCCCUUUACAACUGCUGGAUUGAUUAUUUGACUUUUUGAAUUGAUUUUGUAAUGGUAUUUUUUUAAGGAGUGGUGCAAUCGCACUCUGUUCGUUUUUUUGUUGUUGCUUUUAUUGAAGAGAUAGGAAAGUGUAGGGAAGACGGGGGGAGUCAGAGAGCAGUAGGCCAAAUUCGAACUCAUGCCGGCUCUGGCAUACUUGUGCUGGGGUAGCGGCUUAGACCGCUAGACCACCCUAGGUCACGUUGUUUUCUUUUCUACCUGGUAAUUAAUUCAUCAAUUUAUGUCACUGAUUUCCCUGAUGAGAUGGAGAGAGAAUGAAAAACAGCAGGACUCUGACCCUCGAAGACUAAUAGAAAUUUUUUGUGUAUUCUAUAAUUAAUCUAUCUCUUCAUCUUCUUCUUUCCUCCAGGUGUAUCCCAUGUAAAGGGUCCCGGUACCCCCCCACGUUGCCCAGGCCUGCCGUCGCCGUCCUGCCCUUCAAGCUGCCCCUCUGUCAGACCACCACAGAGAAGGGCCAGAUGGAGGUCAGUAAGGCCAACAUAUACAGUCAUGCUAUGCUAUUCCAGUCAGCUCAGCCUUGGGAGAGACACUGCCUACCUAGAACUUUUAUAGUUGAUCUAUUGGGUUGCUUGAGCUACCAUUGCAGCUACGUAGAACCUGCAAAUAGCCUUUAAACAGCAAUGUCCUUGAAUAUCUCUUUGAUAUAUGACCCUGUAUACAUACACAAAAUAAAGGAAACAACAACAUAGUUGAAGAUGAUCACUCAGAAUGGCUGUGUAUUUAUUGGCGUUUAUCUUGCCCUGUAAGGGGUUGAGUAGCCCUAAACCAUGCCAGGAAAAUGCACCCACACCGUAACAGAGCUGCCAGAACCUUCAUUUACUCAAGUGUUUCCUUUAUUUUGGGAGGUACCUAUACAUAUGCCCUACAGAAGGGAAAGCCCCACUCACUGUCUCUGUCCCUCUCUCUCCUUCCAGGAGCAGUACUGGCGCUCGGUGCUCCUCCACAACCACUACGGCUUCCUGUCGUCCGGUGGCUACGAGAUAGACGAGGAGGGUCAGAGCCAGGCCCAGAAAGAACAGCAGGAGCUGCUCAUGAAGAUGUUUGCCGUGAGUACGGUAGCAGCAACUCAUGGGUCCACCGAGCCUGGAAACCCUCCUUAGAUCCGUAGCCUAGUUUGGGAUUAGAAUUUGGAAUAGUUUACAUUGGAUAUCCCAGAAACCUUUCCAGAGCAACAGAAUGUCGAAUAUAAUCCCAAUUUCGAUUUAUUUUGUUGGGACUUUGGGGAUUUGGUUCCAUUUCAGCACAAAAUUACAAACAACGUAUUCACAGGAAAGGAUUAUUGAAAAUACUUUUCCUCAGCUUUGAGUGCUCACAUCAAAAUAAGUCCUACACACAUGCAUGCAUGCAAGGUCGAAAGGUAUUGUGAGGGACUUGAUGUGAGGCAUAGUGAUAAAGGUUUGAAAUUAAAACCAACCUUUUGGAACGUAUACAAAAUGUAUGUGAUACCUUGGUUAAAUUACUGUAUUAUGAACUAUUAUUAAUUAUCCAUACAUUGGGUGUUUUCAAUCUGCAGCUGUCGUGUAAACUGGAGCGGGAGUUCCGCUGCGUGGAACUGGCCGAGCUAAUGACCCAGAACGUAGUGACCCUGGCCAUCCGCUACGCCUCGCGGUCCCGCCGAAUGGCUCUAGCCCAGCGCCUCAGUGAACUGGCCCUGGAGAAGGCCAAUCAGCUUCAGGGGGAGGAGCCCCAGGAGGAGGAAGAGGAGGAGCCACUCCAGUACACCAGACACAACACUGGGUAAGUACAUUUGUGUUUGUUUGUGUUAUUGUAUGUUUGAAAACAUGCAUACCAUAUGUUGGUGAUUGUCAUAUAAUGAAAAUGACAAAAUAAAAUGGUUGAUUAGGAAAAAGUGAUAAUAAAUCAAAAUGAUUUUUGGUUUAAAGAUGGUUGGGAGAAAUUAAACUAUAAUGCGUUGGUUGAAACUGGCUUAGCAGUGUGUGAGGGUUGCAUUGCUAUCCUUGUUUGAACAUAGGAACUGAUACGUUUAAGUGUGCAGUGAGUGUGCACCUGGGCAUGGCCAAUGGGUCAUGUUCAGUAGGGCAAACUGUAGCGAAACGUAUCGCAACGGAAAAUGAUAAUCUGUUCUUAUUGGGGAAAUUCAUAUAGAAACUCAGUUUCACUUUGUUUAAAAAUGUUUUCUCUCUACUGAACACCGCCCUGAUCAUUUGCAUGAAGAACCAAAAAUAUGUUCUAACUUGCAUGAGUUGAGAUAAAAUGAUGUGUAGAUAAGGAAUUAUUUUGGGAUUCAUGAUCAUAUCUGUUUGUUAUUCCAGGUACGCCCAGAGCAGCAGUGAGCUGGGUGCGGAUCGCCAACACAGCAGCCACAGACAAGCACAGGAGGAAGAGGUGGAGGAAGAGGAGGGUCAGGAAGAACAUAUGGACGUAGCCGAGAGCAAAAGACAACGUAAGUCGAGGGAAUCCCUCUCCAUUUCCCCUCCCACCCCUCCCAUCUCCCGCAUGUCAAAACAAUCAACAUCUGGGUAGUGUUCAUUAGGACACACAGUAGCAAAACACUUUUUAAAACGGAAUGCGAAAAUGACUGUUCAUAUUGGUAGUCCCUUACAGUUUCUUCCGUUCGCAGACCCGCCAACCUGCACGCAUUUUGCGUACCAUACAUGCAAUUUGAGGUCAUAGUAUGCUGGUACGAAAAACUACCCUAAAAUACGCAAAAAUAGGCUUCUAGUUGAUACAUUGGGGUUUUUGACUCAGCCGUCUGAAGUUGGAGCUGAGCCAAUCAGAGGACUUGGGCAAGGAGAAAAAAUCUCUAGCUCUCCACUCCGGCCCACCCCACGUAGUCGUAGUACUGUUUUCCUCCCUUAAGCUGGAUGGCAGCGCUCCUCUUUGUCCGUUAACACCACCGAUGUGAGGAAAAAGGCUAUGGAAAAUGGAGAACAAACUGUUUGCCAAAUACAUUUUCCAAAAUAGUAUGUGCUAGUUAAGCACAUAACCGCUAUUUCCUAGUUGUCUCCUUAGUUAAGGCGUCAUUACGACGAAGGUAGUUAGCUACAGCGUUUGGUAAACUAUAACUAAGCAAGAACACUUUCUUGCCUGCACAUGCUUUGAUCUACGCAACGGUAGUAGGAUGGAAACAGACAUGCCAGAGAGUUGUUCUGCUAAUACAGUCCUUCACAGAAAGUUAUGUUAGACUGUUAAAGAUUAGGCAGAGCGCAUCGGAGGACUCUAUUGCAUUGACGGCACGAGCGGUCACGAGUAGAUGUGCUUGUUUUGAUAUCAAAGAUGUAGCCGCGUGUGCACAUUUGUUCAUAUUCUUUGCUAGUUAGUGAGUUAUUAUACCAAUUAUGUCAAAUUUCUGGUCAGCAAUGGGGGAGUGAUUGCUUCCUACAAGAGCACAAAACGUGUAGGCCUACAUUUCGAGCCAUCUUUGAAAAGCCAGUCAGGUAAAGAGCUUUUUAAAGGGGCAGUGUUGUAUUUUGAGAUGGGUUUGAAUAAGUUAAGAAGCCAAUAGGUAGAGGGUACCAUACAUUUUUGUCUGAUUCUUUGUAAUAAUAAUGGUAUGGGAAUAAAAAUUUAUUAUUUUGUUGUUUCUUGCAUCAAACAAUACAACAUGUUCAGUCACCUCUUUGUCUGAAGAACAAGUGGCUAAACAGGUUAUAUCAGGGCAGCAUUCCUGCUGAUUCCCGUGGGACCUGCAGAAAGCGGGCAGUCACACAGACAACUUUCGUAUUACAUAUUUUUUUGGGGUCCCGCAGAUUAUUUGGAAACUGCUGUCUUUCUGCUUUGCAUGCGUUAGCCUACCUAUUGUAUUAAAAACACAUCUUUGUUGCAUUAUUCACACACUCAGAAUUCGAUGCUUCAACUUCAGUAGCAUACCUCUCCUCUCCUAGUUGGGCGUGCGAGAUCAAGUGCGCCUAGUAUACUGUAUGUGUGGUCUCAUUGAAAUAGAGUAGACUGCCUAUGCAUGGCCGGAGAAUCACGUAACAACUUUCCAAGGAAAUUAACUUAAAUAUAAUUAGACUACAGUUUAUUACAGUGUCUGUAAAUAAACAUUGAUAAGAAGUGGAGGCCGCUCAACUAAUUAGAUCUCAUCAUUGAAAAGGAAAAGGCGCAACGCGGCUACAAGGUUACCAUGGUGAGAAGAGCAUUGCGCUCUUUAAUUUAAAAAAAUUAUUGAUUAUCCAUUUACUUGUCUCUGCCUGCAAAUAUUCCCCCUGAAAGGUAGGUUAUUUCCUAUAUGCAAAACGUAGCUCAAGAGAAAGUGCAAGUGUCCGCUGUCAACAUUCUUGCUGCUUCAAAUUCAGUUGCCACACGUGCGAGAUCAGGUGUACGUGUGGUCUCAAUUAAAUAGAGUAGACUAUAGCCUAUUCAUGUGCGGAGAAGCACGGGGCAGUUAUCUUUCCAAGGAAAUGUACUUCCUAAAUAUGAUUAGUCUAUAGUUUGCUACAUUGCCUAGAAAUAAAUAUUGAUCACCCAUAUUUGUCUGUCUGAAUAUUAUUAUAUUUUUCCCUUAUUUUACCGGGUAAGUUGACUGAGAACACAUUCUCAUUUACAGCAACAACCUGGGGAAUAGUUACAGGGGAGAGGAGGGGGAUGAAUGAGCCAAUUCAAAGCUAAAAAGUAGGCUAUAAAACGUAGCUGAAGAGAAAGUGUAAGUCUCUCCAACUCUGCUCUCUUCAAACUAAGUCUAGCAUAUUGGCUGAUAUAGCCCAGUAAUACCGAUAGCCUAAUAUAAAUCGGCCACAUGAGAAUCUCUGGUAAUUGAACCUAUUUCUUAGGUUAUUUUUACGCAUUUUGAUAUUGCCUAUAGGAUGCAAAAUUGUUGGGACCGUGGCUGGCAAGUGAGCUGCGUCACAUAUGCGAAAACUAGCAUUGCGGGACUGCGGUUGGGUUCGGGACCAGUUCUCUUUUUUAAGAUAUAUUUUUAUUUAUGCGGGACCAGUUCUCUUUUUUGAAAGAUUUUUGUAAUUGUUUUUUUCUUUUUUUUUCGUAAAUCCAAUUGAUAGUUAGUCUUGUCCCAUCGCUGCAACUCCCGUACGGACUCGGUAGAGGCGAAGGGCAAGAGCCAGCCACACCAAUGUGUCGGAGGAAACACUGUCCAGCUGGUGACCGAAGUCAGCUUGCAGGUGCCCGGCCCGCCACCAGGAGUCGCUAGAGCGCGAUGGGACAAGGAAAUCCCGGCCGGCUAAACUCUCCCCUAACCCGGACGACGCUGGGCCAAUUGUGCGGCGCCUCAUGGGUCUCCCGGUCAUGGCCGACUGUGACGCGGGUCUGUAGUGACCGGGACCAGUUCUUGCGGUAACAGGUGAGAGUUGGACAGAAAGCCAGUGGGUGUGGUAUGAAAAGCUGCGGGUGGGAUGAGGAAAUCAGUCCAGCGCAGACCUCUACCCUGGCAAUAUCAAGCCCUGCAUAAUGUUUUUAAAAGUCUCAUGUAGAGCUACAUUGAACACCACACAUUGGCUGCUAUUGUAGGCAGUAUCAUGGCUAUAAUAGCUAUUUUAUUAGCUAUUUCCAUUUUAAAAUGUUAUGGGAUGCAUUUUUUGGACCAAUGAUUACACCCCUGAGUGUACAUUUAAACGUAUUUCUAGUUAGCUACUGAAGAGCAGCCAAAUACCAAAUACCCACAACAGUCUUUAGCCUACCAUUCCUACUGAGGCAGUUUUCUGCCAACAUCAUUAUUAGGCAAAAAAAGGUGAAUUUGUCUGAUUUUGAGUAGUGUGAGUGUUGCACGCAUUCUGUCAUGGGGUCCGCGGGUACAGGGGUGCCGCCGCCGCGCUGAAGUGGUACUCAUAAAAAUUCUUAAAGGUUCGAAGAUAUUCAUUUGGUGUCUAAUAAACACAACACCAUUUAAGGCAGUAAACUUCAGGCUUGUUUACAUAAAGUUUAGGUGCAUUGUUGUAUAAAAAUCUAUGUUGACUCGUCUUUACCCUGUAGGUCUCAAUCCCUUUGCUAAAGGGACUGCUGCAUCACCUGAGAACCCUUCUCCCAAACCCGGUGAGUACACACUAAUGGAAUAGCAUUCAGUUCUCCUGGAUACACUAGUCAAUGGUCCACUGCCACCCUUAUUAAUCUAAAAACAAGUGUUUCCAAUAGGUACAUAAACACACGGUUGUAUGCUACACACACUCUCAAGUCUGUUGCACCCCAUCUAGACACUUUACCGUUUAAAUGUUGGGGCUUCCAGGAAGUCCCUUUAGGGUGCCCUCAACCUCGCCUAAGACAAAACCUAAGGGAAGCGCUUGUUAACACCAAUAAUAUACUUGGCAAUGACUGUUUGUUAUACAUGACAUUAUCAUACAUUGUUAAACAUUGGCCUUCUUUCUUUCCUUCCUUACAGUAAGCAAAGAGGGACGUGUGAACCCUUUCAAGGUAAGUCACUUAUGCUUUUGGGGCGGGUUAAACCAAAAAUUGAGAGAGACCACUUACUAGAAAGGAAGUGGAGGAGUACAUUUCUUGCUUAAAAUUGGCUAUUGAAUGUGGGAGUCCUGGCUAAAUACUUAACAUGUGACCCCUCAUACUUGUGUCAGGUGAGCAGCGGGUUAGGGAAGCCGGGUUCGGCGGGGGGCCAGCCCAGGGUGACCAACGUCCUGGACAGCAUGACGUCGUCCAGCAGGAAGCCCACUGCUCUGCUGAGCAGCUCCGGCUCUGCGGGGAAACCGAACAAAACGCCUGUCCUAAAGCCUCUGGCUCCCAGACCCAAGACCAAGGUACAACACACUAGUCAGAUAAAAGCUUAAGAAAUGUCAGGAUAGUGACUGAGCGAUCAAAUACCACCAAUAUUUUGGCUGUGUGGGAAUAAAUGGAUCCGAAUCUGAGUAAAUGGAUCUGAGUAUGACAGCGUUUACGUAUGUGACAGUGUUGACGUAAGCAUUACGGUGCAAUGCAUUGGACUGUUGUCUUCUUCAGACCCAGUCUACACUGCUGCACAUGAGCGCUCCCAAAGCAGCCAAUAAGAAGCCAGCAGAGGAGCGGGAGCCGGCAGUGUGUAGGCUGAAACAGACAGAGGCACCGCCUCCAGCCUCUCCAGCAGAAAAUGUUGAGAACAAGAAGUGAGUAAUGAGCACUGUACAAAAUCACAAUCACCGGAGAAAAUGUAUGAAAAUCAUAACGGGGGGGGGGGAAACAUUCUUCAUUCCAUUAUUUUUUUCUUUUUAAAGGGAUUUUUAAGCAGUGGGGCAGUCCCACUCCUUUCAUAAUUAUUUUGCUUUAUUGAAGAGAUAGUAAAGUGUUGAAAAGAUGGGGGAGAUUGGGUGAGUCAGUGGGCCGGAUUCAAACGAAUGCAGACUCUGGCAUACAUGUGUGCCGGGGUCAGCGGCUGUAACCACAGGCCAUCUUCAUUCCAUUCAAAACGGAGCGACGGCGCUCCAUUUGUGUCACUCUCUGUGUAGUUCGAGGUACUUUUCUGCGUAGAGUGUGUAGAGCCCUUAACGGAAACUGAUGUAGAGUGAAUGAGACAGUAGGUGUACGACAGAAAAUGUAAUGUGUGUGUGUGUGUGUCAGUCCCAAGACGGGCUUCCAGCUGUGGCUGGAGGAGAACAGGAAGAUCAUCCUGGCUGACAACCCAGAGCUGGAGGAGACUGACGUCAUCAAGGAGGCCAUGGGCCGCUUCAGGACCCUGUCUGCAGACGACCGGCUGGUAAGACACCUUACACAAGUGUGUGUGUGUGUGCUUCCUUAAUUAACACGUGGUGCUCAGACACCUUAUGUCUGUGAGAGAGAUUAUUGAUCUACUUGAUUAACUUGUGGUGUAUUCAAAUGACCUGGUUCUAAUAGUGUUCCGGAACAUCUUCUCUGCUCACGUACAAGAAAAUGCCUCCAGACUCAUUAUGUGAUGGCGGAGCGUCACCUUUUAGUAAGACAUGACCCAAAACACACUGUUGAAAACAUAUGAAUCAAAAUACACCCAAGAACAUUCUGUUCUUGUGCUUCAUAUUCAAUAUUUGAUCUCAAAUCCAAAUUGCUGGAGUAUAAAGCCAUUUAAAAGCACACUCUAAAAGCGAUGAAAGCAUCUUUAUCCCACAACAAAGACCCCUUAUUCCCAUGUGACAAGGCAGAAAUACCCCUUUAGAUACCCCUUAUCUACAGUUGAAGUCGGAAGUUUACAUACACUUAGGUUGGAGUCAUUAAAAUUUGUUAACAAACUAUAGUUUUGGCAAGUCGGUUAGGACAUCUACUUUGUGCAUAACACAAUACAUUUUUCCAACAAUUGUUUACAGACAGAUUAUUUCACGUAUAAUUCACUGUAUCACAAUUCCAGUGGGUCAGAAGUUUACAGACACUAAGUUGACUGUGCCUUUUAAACAGCUUGGAAAAUUCCAGAAUAUUAUGUCAUGGCUUUAGAAGCUUCUGAUAGGCUAAUUGACAUCAUUUGAGUCAAUUGGAGGUGUACCUGUGGAUGUAUUUCAAGGCCUACCUUCAAACUCAGUGCCUCUUUGCUUGACAUCAUGGGAAAAUCAAAAGAAAUCAGCCAAGAACUCAGAAAAAAAGUUGUAGACCUCCACAAGUCUGGUUCAUCCUUGGGGAAAUUAUGUGGAUAUAUUGAAGCAACAUCUCAAGACAUCAGUCAGGAAGUUAAAGCUUGGUCGCAAAUUGGUCUUCCAAAUGGACAAUGACGCCAAGCAUACUUCCAAAGUUGUGGCAAAAUGACUUAAGGACAACAAAGUCAAGGUAUUGGAGUUGCCAUCACAAAGCCCUGACCUCAAUCCUAUAGAAAAUGUGUGGGCAGAACUGAAAAUGCGUGUGCGAGCAAGGAGGCCUAAAAACCUGACUCAGUUACACCAGCUCUGUCAGGAGGAAUGGGUCAGAAUUCACCCAAGUUAUUGUGGGAAGCUUGUGGAAGGCUACCCGAAACGUUUGACCCAAGUUAAACAAUUUAAAGGCAAUGCUACCAAAUAUUAAUUGAGUGUAUGUAAACUUCUGACCCACUGGGAAUGUGAUGAAAGAAAUAAAAGCUGAAAUAAAUCAUUCUUUCUACUAUUAUUCUGACAUUUCACAUUCUUAAAAUAAAGUGGUGAUCCUAACUGACCUAAGACAGGGAAUGUUUACUAGGAUUAAAUGUCAGGAAUUGUGAAAAACUGAGUUUAAAUGUAUUUGGCUAAGGUGUAUGUAAACUUCCGACUUCAACUGUAUUAAACAUACAGUUAAUCCAAAUUCCCACUGUAUCGAAGACUCCUCCCAUCUCCCCUAUCAUGAUCUUAAAGGGGCAAUCUGGGAUUCAUAGAUUGAGCUAUGGAUGCAAGGACUGACUAUCCAUGAGAUCUAAAUGAUGUAUUAGCCAUGUUUUGAAGGAAUAAAAAAAGCGUAUAUUUUGCAUUCUGAUGAGGUAAGACGGUUUAAGUAAGCUCAUGAGGCCUUUAAAAGUUAUAUUCUUCAAGAAUAAAUGGCUAUACACUGUGUAACAAACAUUAGGAACAUCUUCCUAAUAGUGAGUUGCAACCCCCCCCCACUUUUGCCCUCCGAACACCCUCCAUUUUUUGGGGCAUGGACUCUACAAGGUGUCUAAAGUGUUCCACAGGAAUGCUGGCCCAUGUUGACUCCAAUGGUUCCCACCGUUAUGUCAAGUUGGCUGGAUGUCCUUUGGGUGGUGGACCAUUCUUGAUACACACGGGAAACUGUUGAGAGUGAAAAACCCAGCAGCGUGGUAGUUCUUGACAUACUCAAACCGGUGUGCCUGGCACCUACUACCAUACCCCGUUCAAAGGCACUUAAAUAUUUUGUCUUGCCCAUUCACCCUCUGAAUGGCACACAUACACAAUCCAUGUCUCGAUUGUCUCUUCCCCUUCAUCUACACCACGUGUCAAACUCAUUCCAUGGAGGGCAGUGUCUGCGGGUUUUCGCUCCACCCUUGUACUUGAUUGAUGAAUUAAGGUCACUAAUUAGUAAGGAACUCCCCACACCUGGUUGUCUAGGUCUUAAUUGAAAGGAAAAACCAAAAACAUUGCUUGAAGGCCGGAAGCUCUUAACCUGUACAACACAAUUGUAUAUUCUUUACUGCAGUAUGUACAAUAUUGAUAUUCCUAAAAUAUUACUGACAUAUUUUCCCAAAAGACCUUGCCAUUAAAGAAAGCCUUUUAAAGACAACCUGUCAAAUUGAGGUGGUUUUAUAUUGUAAAUUUGCCUGGAAGGUGCUGGAAUGGAAGAAGUAUCUUGUCACCGUCAGUGGUCCUCACCGAAACCCCUCCAUUAACGCGUUGGAAUGAGUGAUAAUUAGCAUUCCCAGGCUAACGCUCCCUUAACCCCAGCCUGUAUACAUAUUUAUACCCAUCUGUGUUGGUGUGGGCUUAUACAUACACAACAACACUAUUCAAUGUGAAAUAUCCAUCAUAUAUAUAUAUCCGUCAAUAUAUUUAGUCCGUUGCGACGUAUGUCAAAUUGAAUGGGAUUCCAAUGAGGAUUCCAAUGGUAACCAAAGUGUUGAACCUAUACAAAACAGUGGUAGACUGCAGACACUGCACGUUGCAAACAAACUGUGCUCCCCAAUCAGCUGGCUUGGAACCGAAUACCUAAAUGGUUAGGUUACUUUCCAGAUGGUGUGCUUUAACAACUGGUGUGACCGAGUGGUAUUAAUGACCUAAAGGUUUUGGUGACGAUUUGACCAGUCCAUUAUUAAAGUCGGUCAAAGGGGUUAAUGUUUAUAGUUGGAGACCUCAGUAAAGCUGACUACCAGUGCUAUUUUAGUUGGUAUUGUUAGGAAGCUGCGAUGCUCCUGUUUUCUACAUCUAAAACUCGAAUGAGUUGUCUACCUACCUGCUACCUCACUGUGUGCAGGGUCAUGGUUCGAAUGUAAUUCACUAGGAUAUAUUUUGUGGUAGAUCUGACUGGCUUUUGCUCAGUUUGGACUCUGACCUGCACACCUGCCUUCUCUCUAAAAGACCGACAGGUUUUCAAUAUACUCAGAUUUGAAGGGUCACUGUCCACAUUGGUGGACAAUUUAGGCAGGUGCUUGGGCACCUGUAGCCAUCCAGACUUCCCCUUGCCCCCUGUGCACAUAUCUAUCCCUCUUAAACUCCAGUCUAUUCCAUACUGCUAUUACUUGCCUUUUACCUUUGUGAUCAAGUAGCCUGCAAAAACACACACUGCGUUCGUAUCUGCGUGUUCCCCUGUGUUAAGGACAUGUUCGUGACCCUGCACACACAAAGCCACUCAGCGGAGGGGUGGAGGACACUCCACACGGCCUAAAGGAGGGGAAAAGGGGAUCAGAGAGGGAUGGAGGGGAGGGAGGCUUUAUAUGCCUGUUGCUUGGAAACCCAGUGUGUGAGGGUUGUGGGUAGUGGGCACAGUGCAUUGAUCUUAUGGUAAUGAUUCCUAAAGGGUGUGUGUUGGUGUGUAUGGUUGUAAAUUAGCCAGUAAAUAUACAGCAGGCGACCGGGGGCACAUUUUAAGGCUUGUAUUUACUAUUCAGUGAGUCGGGGUGAAGAAUAGGAGUGGGAGGUUGUGAGAACGCGGAGAGUGGGCCCUGCCUCGCCGCCACGCGCUCCGCUUCAUGACUCAUCACGGUUCCAUUUACGUCCAGGGGCACGUCCCAAAUGGCACCCCAUUCCCUAUAUAGUGCGCUACUGUGCUCUGUUCAAAAGUAGUGCACUAUAUAGGGAAUAGGGUGCCAUUUUGGGACGCAGCCCAGGCCUUUUGUCUCUUCCCAGAGAGAAACACACGGAGAAAAGGCUGCCGGGCUGCUGAACGAGAAGUGGCCCUGUCUGCCAAUAGUGAUUACACAUAACAGGAUGCAAUUUAAAACUGCAUGGCUGAGUCGCGGCCCCUGUGUGUGUUCGUGUGCUUUUUUUGUCAAGCUGUGUAUGAUACAAAUGUCACAUUUUGAAUUUGGUUUGCAAUUGAAUUCCAAUUUAAGACUCUUUUGUGAAUAUUGACAAUCUUUCUAUUACAUCUAUUAUGAUUUUCAGACUGUUUAUGUUUUCUCUUUUUUGUUCAGUCCUGGACAGAGCGGGCAAAAGGACAGUCUGGAGACGUGGCGGAUAUGAAAAAACGAAAGAGAGGAGAAGAAGAGAGCAGGGGAGACAAGAAUGGACAGAGUGAGGCAGAUGAGAGCAGUGCCAAAAAGAAAAAGCCCUUAGACACCUCAGCCAAGCUCUCAGCAUUUGCUUUCAACAAAAAUUAA